AUGGCUUCGGAUCGGCCGGUCCCGGGGGCCGGGGGCUUCCGGGGAGAACUCCCGCCGUCUUACGCGGCGGCGGCCACGGCGGCGGCGGCAACUGCCAACUCGGAUCUUCUCCGGAGACCCAGCUACUGCCACGCUGCCUUUGCCCUCAAACAGAUCUCCAAGGUAAGGGAAUGGGGCGAAGGCGCUUUCCCACGGGUGGGGGGGGGGACGAGAAGUAAAGUUGGGGCGACCCCGUCCACCCGGGAGAGAGGCGCGCAAGCAGCUGCAAGGAAGGGGACAAAAAGGCGAGGGAUCGGCUCUUCUGGGCCCGGGGGGGCUGGGAAAGGGGGUCCUCUUCGAAGCUUUCGGCUUCUUUGGGGCCAGGGAAUGAAGGAAGGGGGCAGGCUUUGGCCGGCGCGCUCCAGAGCGAGCCCGCGCCGUGGCCCCUGGAGUUUGUUUAUGGAAAGGGGAGACGCCGGGGAGCCGUCCAGGAGGGACGCGAGGGAGAGGCCAGCCCCGGAUCGGAUCUGCGAGGGGAGACGGCGGCUCGGGGAUGGGUCUGCGUGGAGCGUUUCGCUCAGGAGCGAGCAAGGGAGGCGGGUGGACUUGAGUCGCUGAAUCGGUGGAAGGAGAGGAAGGGAGACAAUGGGGGAGUCUCCCGCAAGGGAAAGCAAGGAAACUUGACAGGUCAGAAGGACGCACCUGAGGAAAGGGUGCAGCGGACAUCUGCUCUCCCCAGAGCUGGAAACUAGACUGUGGUAGGACUCCUUAACAUACCGGGUUGCCUUUUGCAGGGCUCCAUUCUAACAGGGCACUUCAGCUGCUGGGUUGCUCUGAAGGUGAGGAGUGUAUCUGGAACUGGGGAAGGGAAGCAGACCACCGCUGAGGAACAGAGGAGGGAGAUUCCUGCUCAGCAACCUCACAGACAUAACACAUGGAUGGUGGCAGGAGCUUCCCAGUGGCCUGUUUCUCCACCCUGAGUAGGGGACUCACCCACAUCUACAGCUGUCACUCAGGAGUUCAUCUUUCUGCAGACUGGGAGGAUAUGGGCACUGGCCUUCACAAGUUCCGAGCAGAUGGAAGCGCUGCAGGGACAGGCAGGCGUGCACAUAUAUGCCCCCACAAAUAAUCUGUGGCAAGGUUCUUGCUGAAAUGCUUGCUCCCAAAGGCUUGAGGUCUGCUUUAACCCCAGUGCCAGCUACCCUGGGGCAGGAUGUUGCUGUUCUCUGUAGCAACAGUGUCUUGGCUAACUCUCCAUUUCUCUCCCCAGGGUAAGGCUGUGGGCCAGAAAGCCCCGCUGUGGCUGCGGGCCCAGUUCCAGGCCCUGCUGUUUACACUGGGCUGUUGGAUCCAUCGUCACUGUGGCAAAGUACUUUUUGUGGGGCUGCUGGUCUUUGGGACGCUGGCUGUAGGGCUGCGAGUAGCCUCCAUAGAAACGGAUAUUGAGCAACUCUGGGUGGAAGGUAAGUUCCAUUUUGUGAGUGUGUGUGAAUACUGGGAGGGCUGCAUAGCGCUUUAGGACAUUGUUGGGUGAUGGUGGAGCAGUUGUCAAACAUAGUGGAAGCAAAAGGCCAAGAAGAGCCUUUUAAAGGGAGUUGUUAGCAAAGGGGCCCCUCUCUAAGCUCCACACAUGUGUGUAAAUCCAGAUUUGCACACAGUUUCUUGGAAUUGGCAUCUUGGGGGAAGCUACCAAGUAACAGGGGGAUAGAGAGCACUUUCUUGGAUAUAAAAAUGUAUUCCAGUUUGAGGAACUCUUAAAACCUCAAGUCUUGCAAUAAAACCCUGUUUCCCCAUUUUAACUUUUUCGAUAAUUGAAGAAGAGUUUGUAAGCCUUGAGAAAAGCUUGAAUUAUGUGACUUUUCAAACAGGCUAGAAAGCCUCCAAGACCAGCUGGCAAAGUGAUGAAAACAAGAAGCUCUUUUAUUUAAAAAGAUAAUUGCACAGGGAACAAUCAUGCUGGGAACUUCUUCUGUGCAAGCCCCAUUGAUAUGAAUAAGAGCUGGAUGAUAAUGUGUGAGUGCCCUUGUGCAACUCCAUUCAAGUUGAAGGGGCUUCCUCCAGAAAUGUUUUCAGUGGGUUGUGCCAGUGGUUUUUAAGCCAGUUCUCUGAUUUUUAGAGCCCAAAUCAGAAUUCUUUUGAAUGUUGGUUAAAUACUAUUCUCCAUGAUGGUAAUGAGCACUGUUUGUGAAUACUGAAUGAUGGGACAGACACUUUCCAUGCCCUAAAUUUACAUGUAGACUUGUGGGGUGACAUGGUAUAAAACUGGAGAAUGUAGGGUUGCCUUAAGUGCUUUUGAAUAAUUGAAGAUUGUGCCAACGAUUGUGGUUUGGAUUUAUAGGCACCUGGCAGUUCUGUUCUUGGAGGUCUCAGUAAUGGGAUGUAUCACAUUUAUGACACCCUGCCUUGCAGCCCAUUCUUCCUCUUACUUGCUCAGAGUGGUUUCCUUACAUGUGGUUUCCAGGCAGUCUCCCAUCCAAGCACUAUACAGUGCUUAACCUGUUUUGCUUCAGCAAUAGAAUCUCACUCAUCCUAUACCUUCAGACCACCUUCUAGAAAGAAAGGUGUUGUGGUGAUCCUCACUGAUUUCCUGUCCAGGCAUGGAAUUUUCUUCCCUUUUUUUGGAUUCAAUCUUGUUUGGUUAUAUUGGUUAUAUUGAGAAACAAUGAUUUAUACACCAGAAAUAUUGGGAGACAGACCUGUCCCGUAACCCAAAGGGUUUGGUGUGGUUGUGGUGUUAUAGAGAGAGAUUUCUACCUUGAACUUGUUCCGCAAGAGUGUGUGCGAGUGUGCAUAAACCUUCCUAUGCUGCUCUGCAUGUGUGUGCCUGUGUUCGCCAUGCCGUGUGUGCAGUCCAGAUCCCUAUCGGUGCAAAUACAUGCCCCCACAUAGACAAGUGCAAUUAAAUUAUUUCCCCCAUCUCGGAUAAUAUGGCUUUUCUUGCCACCGGGCCCUGCUUGCUGCAUUGCAUUAUUGACAUUAAAAUCCUAAAUUACCUUUCUGAGGGUGGUGCUGAAGGAGAGGAUAAUUACUGUCUACAGCAGAGCUGUCAGUUGAAGUUUAACUUGGGUUACACUUGCCUGCCAGCUGAGAAUGGAAUUGGGUUGAAUGCAAAUAGCCGAAAGCAAAAGGGGUCACCAGGAGCAAAUCCUAAUUUCCUACUGGAAACAUUUGAUAAAAAUGAUGCCUUUGUUAUUAAUAAGUUCAGCAUGUUAUGCUGCCCCCUCCAUUCUCGGCACUGCCGUCAAUCCAUGUGGCAGUGCCUGGGGUUUGCUCCUUGCUUUCCAUCCCCUGCUUAUUGCAGUCUCCUCUCUUUUCCAACACCAGGUUGCGCUGAGUUUUCACACCCUAGGAUUCUUAUUUUAUUUUUAUUCUUUUUUUAAACAAAAAAAAUUGCAAGCAGCCUGGGAGCUUUCCAAGAGCAGAUGUUUCUCUGUGAUGACUGUCAGCGAUCUUUGGCGUUCCACACCUCCUCCCCCUGCACAACCCCAGCUCCAUGUGUGGUCCUAAACUACUCUUGGAUUUUGUUCAACAAUAGAAGCAACUUCACUCUUCCACCCUCCCACUCCCUUUUAAAUAAAACCCACACUCACAUGAAUGCCAGUAAAGUUUACCCACCUGUUUCACACACUGAAGGGGGACUGGAAAGGGAAAAAUGCCUCAACCUUAGCCUUCUGCCCCCUCCCCUUCUCUCCUUGCUUCUGCCUUCCAGAGGCUUGUAGCAAAAAGGAGAUCCAUCAAGACCUGCAGCUGUUAAACAUUUAAAGAAGGGAAAUCCCCUUUUUGUAACCAGCCCAUCUCAGCCCAAAUCAAGAACAUCCCCUGAGAACCUGCACGGUUGGGCUUGUACUUAUUUAUUGCUUUUGAUGCUGACAUUUGCUCAGCUUUAAAAGAAAAAAGAAAAAAAUCUGUUGGCUGCCCCAUAGUUGGAGUGAUGGCUUGUAAGCUACAUAAAGCAGAGGGCACACAUGAUCUAGGUUUUGGGGAUGUUGCACUGAAAAGAGCACUAAACUUUGUGGAGCUCUUUGAUUGGAUGUUUUGUUUUGCUACAAAUUUAUAUUUGGAUAUAUCUUCAUUUUGAGAUUAAAAAAUGCUCAGUGAUACUAUUUUACUUUAAAUUAUGCAUGUUAGAACUAGGUACUGUAACAAACAGUGUAAAAAAGCGAUAUUCUGAUUUAUCACUUGUGUUUCCUUGAAUCACAGUUUAUCCUCUCAGCUGGCUGGCAUUUGCCAAGUGGGGCUUUGCAAUAUUGUCUUUCGGUUGGCUGCUUGGUGUGUGGCAAAAAAGCUGGCUGGGAAGAGUUGGCAUACAAGUAGAAGUGGAAAAAGUUCACAGCUGUAGAUCUCCUGUUGUGGAUAGUUCCAGUGUGUAAAAUGUUGCUGUGAUUACUUGUUUGCUGUGACGCAGGCUCCUUUCAUUGGAACCCCAUGGCGCUCUGAGGAUACUUCUGUGAAGCUGUGCUUUGAACUGUACUGCAUCCCCCUUAUCCUCUGUUGUGGGCCAUUUGGAUCAGAAAAGGUUUGCUGUCAAGAUUUGGAUUCCUACACCAGAAAUUCCUUAGCUUCCCUUGCAUCCGUGACAAGCAACAUGCAGCAUUGAUAGUGAAAAACCAGCUGAAUCUAACUGCGAAUUAUCCACAGGCCUAGCCAUUCUGCAAUAUGGCAGUUGCUCCAUGACUGAGUUUUGUUCAUGCCAUGCCCUUUGCCACAUUUGAUUGAUCUGAUUUGUGCAUAGCCCUGUACAAAUGCCUCUGGAGAAAGCUUCUUUGCAUAAUGAUAGUAUAGUAUAGAUGCUCUUUCUACCAGUGGUGCUUUUCACUAACUUAAAUUAGACAAAUCCAGAAACACAUAAUUUGAAGGAAGUGACCAUUGACUCUUGUUUGAAGGUCGCAGUCCCCAUACUCACCACUGUUCUAUGAACAAAUAUCUGUGGUAGCUUCUCACACUUUUUGCACUGUGGUACACUUCAAUCACCCUGGAAAAGAUGGUUGAGUGUAUUUGUGCUCAAAACAUGAAGCUGUCAUGCAGAGUGUGUGGGCCAGAGUGUGCGCGCGCAGGGUGAAGCACCCUGACCUUGUGUAUAGUGGAAAACAACAGAACAUCUGAUUCCUUAAAACAGAUGGGGUAUCAUUCUAGGCGUUAGUGUAACCAUGGCUGUCUCUCCUUCCAGCCCAAUCGUCCUCCCUAAACUACUCCUUCUACCAACCUCUUCCGUUUGCAAUGCUGUUGUGGAUCAGCCUUUGCCAACAUGGUGACCUCCAGAUAUUUGGGAAUAUUACUCUCAUCAGCACCAAACAACAUGAGAGAUAGCAGGAGAAAACAUGUUUAAAAGAAGGAAUAUGCUUCUGUGACCAGUAUGUUUGGCCCUUAGAAAGUUCUCUCUUGGUGUGUGUUGUCCACAAGAGAGAGAGUAGGGAGGAGUAUAGAUACAUGAGUUUAAAGAACUGCCAAAUUGAAUUGAACCACCUGACCCUUAUUUAUGAAUGGUGUUGAAUUUUACUGAGGCAGAUAAAUGGAAACACUGUGGGAAGUGAUCAAACGAUUUGAUAUUGGUGAAUGAGCUUUUUGCCCUACUGAUAUCCCAUUUGGGGGUUAUAUGAUGUGGUUGGUAGAUUCUGUCCAUGGAACUGUGUUGUAUCCACAGAUGCACUCUGACUUCACACUGUUGUUUAGUUUAGAUGAGGAGAGGAGAGGAGACAAGGGACCUGCUGGGUAUUGAUGGGAUGGCAGUGUGUCAUCCCAGGUCCAUCUUAACAGCAGGCUCUGCUUGUUCCUUGUAUUGGCAUUUGGCUUUAGCAGUGAAAAACUGAGCUCCUCUCUCACAGUUUGGCCAUAUACUGUAUGCCUUUUCCUUAAUUCCACUCUUACUGUAAAUGCUCAUGUUUAAGAAAUUGGCUUUGUUUGUUUCCUAUGUACAAAGUGACCUCAGAGGACUGUGAGGAACUAAGAAAGAUCUAUUCCAUGAAUAUCCACCAAGUCUUGUUAGAAUUGGCAUCUUAUUUUUGGAAAUGUUGAGAUAAAGGAGGAGCGUUGAAGUCUGUAAACAAUUUGGUGUAAAAUGCACGAAUAUAUCCCACAUCUACACCAUGCAACAGUUUAUAUGGCAAGUGUGCAUUUCUCUCCAGUUUCUGGGUCCCCUUCUGUGCAAUAGCAGCUGAAAGCCUUGAAUUAAGCUCAAUUGAAAACAGCAAGGUUACCUACCUUGACUAAGGAUCAGGUGUCUCACUGUGUGAUCUAUUUUACAACAGUGUUGACACCAGUCAUCUCAACCAGUUAUUAUUAUCUAUUAAAUUUGUAUACCGCCUUUCAUCCGUAGAUCUCAGGGCGGUUCACAGCUUAAAAAUAAAAAAUAAAAAAUGCAGUGGAUGGGAAAAUACCAAGAGCUGAUGUCAACAGGAACUGACUGUAGGCACUUAUAGGUAAACCUCUAUAAAGGUACUUGCCUGUUGGCAUUGUUAUGACCAGGGUAGACUGCUGAGUGGGAAUUAAACCCUAGAGCUUGGGGCUUGAAAACAAACCAGCAUUGGAGAGGCAAAAGGUCAUGGUUGAUUUAUAGGCUAAGGGUGACCUCAAAGAAAGGCAGGUUUAAUCUUUAACCAGAACAUUUUGGUGUAGCUAUGUGGCUGCAGGGCCUUUUUAAAGGUUGCUGCUACUGAAUGGCUGUUCUGCCAGAGGAAAUGUUUUUAUCUUUGAAUUCCUGAGAGUGUGGGGAGGCAAGAAAAACCGAUGAAGGAUUUUUGCCCACCCAUACUGGAACUUACAAGGAUUCGGAAGAAAUGAAGAGUUUGAUGGAUUACUGCUGGGGCAAUGGAUAGACACCCUUGCUGGACAGACUGCAGGCAGCAUGCUGAGGUGAUAAGACCAGUAUGCAGAGAUCUGGAAGGCACUGUUCAAGAGACUUGGUGGUGAGCCCAGUUGCUGUUCUGAGCUGGCAGUCAAAAUUGACCUUGAACGUGUUUCUAUAUCUUGAAUGAGUCAGAACACCCAGAGUGGACAGUAGUGACAUUUUCCAGGAUAAAGUGUUGUAAGAUGCCUUCAUGCUGGAGAAAAUGAAAUUAUUUCACUGUACUGGCCUAUAUCUUGGGAUAGGAUAAUGUCAAUAUUUAAAAAGGAAUUAAUUAAUUAGCACAGGAUUUAGGGAAGCCAACUCCUGGAGUGUAAUUUGUGGAGUGGCGUGAUUGAAUUUCUACUUUAUAACCUGGGAGAAUACUUUGAUGCCAGAUGCAGCUCAGUUCUCAGUAGUGUUUUGAGGGAGUGAACAUCUAAAUAUAUAUGACUAGAGGUAACUUGUAAAGGAGGGAGAUUCUGUAGUUUGGAUGCUUGUAGGGUACACAAACUGGACAUUUAGCUCAGAAUGACUGGGGAACCUAGCCUCAUUUAGGGACUUCAGCUCAGUAUAAAAACCAUGCACCAUUGGCUUAUCUGUAUCUGAUGCCCAGUGAAAGAUGUCUAAACUGCCCAUUUGAAAUGAUAGCAAAGAAUGGUUCCUUUAAAGAGUGCUGGGGUUCUGAGUCUAUCUAGUCUGAGAGAGCUGACGCCUGACACUUUUACAAACUUAGCCUGAUAUUCCUGCAGAUGGGAGAGGUGAAGCAGCCUUUAAAUCAGGUCAGACCUCAGGGUGUUUGAGACUGGAGAUGAACCCCAUGAAGGCAGGCCAUGUGAGAAAUACUAGAAGGCCCAGUAUAUAUUCAAUGAGGCUUUUCUACUCUGAACUCUCCUUCUGAACAGAUAAAUAAACUGUGGAUGUGGGGCCUGCAUACCUCGCUCACAAGAGCAAAUAAACAAGCCCCCAAGGCAGCUGAGUGCAGAGGCCAAGGGGGCUUCAGUGUAUAUAUGUACGUAAUGUUCUUGGGUGGCCAGCAGAGGUGGGUGGCCUAGUGGCUAGCAGAAGCCUCUGAAGUGGCCUUGGUGCUGAUAAGAGUGAGAGGACAACUUCAGGAAGGAUGAGAGCCAUGGGGGAGAUGGGUGACGUGAACAAGUGUGCUUCCCAUAUUGUUGGACAUUUGCAUUCCUUAGAGGCAAAGGAGGCUGGCAGCAGAAUUAAGGAAUCUACAAAAAAGAAUUUAUAAUCUCACAUAGACAGUGUGAAAGUAAACUGGACUAUUUAAAGUGGAAAAGCAAACUCCAGAAUGUUGUGAUGCAGGGGAAGUAUGUGAAUCCAACAACGAUAGGAGAAGCUAGGUAAUUCAGGGAGUCUGGGUAUAAACUUAAGGCCUAUCAAAUUUCCUCCAUAAAGAAGUCCAUCAGGCUGCCACAGGGGCACACAGUUUCUGCACUAUUCUGCACUGAGUGUGUCCCAGCAUCUUUCCCUCAUACCCUCCAAAAUUUUAUAGACAAUUCCUCAUUGUUUCCAAGAAAGAAACUGUAUUUCUUGUAGUGUUUUGUUUUACAGAGAUGUCUGCUGGUAUGUCCUUUGAUAGUUUAGAUUUGGUUAAUAUUCUAUGUGUUUCUCUUCCUUCUGUAGAAGUGAUGAUUCUCCCACACUUGCUAUAUAUUAAAUAAACCUCCUGUUGUGGAAGUCUUAGGUAAUGAUCAGUCUAGUCUUAAGCCAACCUAUUUCCUAGGUUCUUCCAUAGUCACCUUGCCCCUUCUUUUGUCUUUUCUUUGGCCGGCAUUUGACAGGAUUCAACACAUAAACUUUGGCACAAUAAAGAAAAGAGGUUUUAAGCUGGGCAGAAUCCAUAGAUACAUUUUAAAAACACCACCACACAAAUGAAAAAGCAAUUGUCUAUGGGCCACAGUGGAAAAAUGCUACUAUCAGUGCAGGUAGGAACAAUCAUGACAAACUAGGAUAAAGUCCAACAAAGAGGGAAAUGCCAUUAGUUUUGUUCUUUUUCUUUGUCACCAAGUCAUUACCAAUUUCCAUUGGUAGUAAAUGCCAGUAGCAAAGUAACACUGGAGUUAACUAAAUGCAGUUGUUUAUAACCACACUUGAAGAAGAAAAAAAUCAUUGAACAAUUCUCAUAUGCUUCAUAGUAUUUAUUGUGAUUGCUAAUAACUGCUGUGAGGGUUGCACAUGUGAUUGCACAUGCAAGUAGUAAAUAAUACCUGCAGAAUAGAAAGUGUUGUAACUACUAUUUAAAAAAUAGUGUAUUUGAGGAUACCCUUCAGCCUCUCUAUCCUCUAAAAGAGAGAGAAAGAGUGGGAGAGCGUUGGCCAUUAUCCUCUAAAUCUGCUUUGUUUUCUGCCUCUGCUUUGACAUUUGCUCUAAGAGGCAUCUUCUACUGUGACCAUGGCCGGCUUUGAAAGGAUCUUUCUUUUCUCAGACUAGCUCAAACUUGCUAGAGUUGCCACUCAGGCUGUUUCAGUUUCCCAAAGAAUUGAAGGGUUGGGGGAGGAAAGAGCUCCUUUUGUUGAGGGGGGGGGUGGACAAGAGAAGAGUGAGAGGACGGAUGCUUCUAGAUAAAGAUGGGGUCUCCCCACCUCGCUGAUCUGGUUGUACAUAUGGAGAUUCCAUUUUUAAAUGAUAUGUGAAGAAGGGUGUCUGACCCAGCCCUAGAGAUUUUAUUUUUUAUUUUAUUAGCAAGAGCUGUGAGAGGGGAACAGAAAGUGGAGAGAGAAGGAGAGAGUGUUAUUCUCUGAUCCAUCCCCCCUGGCUUGGAAAAGUGGUCUGAGUUCAAAAAAUUCAUUUCUUGCCUGAAUGAAGGCAGCAAUGUGGAAAAAUUUCGCCAUUCAGAGGGGGAUGAAUGUAUGUUUCAACCGCACAUUAAGUCACAUUAGCAGGCAGUGGAGUGCUUAAUGUGGGCAUUUUUCACAGCGGCCAACAGAGGGGAUGAUUAGCAUAAUUAGUCCAGGCAACUCUAUACAUAUGGAAAUGCCAAAUGCGUAAAUGCCAACACCAGUGGAAAUUUAUGUCAAUGCUGACAGGAGUCUUAGCAGUGAAUGGCUCCCAACUGAAUCUCUUUUAGCCCCCUUUUUCGGGGGUCGGGCUCUCCCCUCGUCUUUGGCCAAGGCUCCUUCAUGCCGUUCCUCUCCCUCACCCGCCCCCUCCACACUGGGAACCUGAGCCCUUCGGAUUUCUGGUAAAUAAAGACAUUAAUUUAGGUCUGGGAUAAACAAAAGGCCAGGCCAGGCCUGGGGAAUGGAGAGUAGGCCUCAAACGGGCCUUUCAGUGCUCUCCUUAAAGCCAGCUCCCCCAUCCAGCCUGCCAGCCACCUCCACCCCCUCUGCCUUGUUUAUUUAGAAAGCAGCCUGGCGUCUCUGUCUUUGUCAGACUAGGUUUGUUAGAGAACAAGCACCAAGGGACACGGCGCUGCACAUCUCCCCCUACCUCGGCCCUCAGCAAUGUUUAGCCCCAGGGUGUCAGUUUAAUGGGGUGCUUGGGCUCCCUUGCUUGUCUUGAUGGAGCUAGCUGCUUUUCCAUGGUGAACAGGAUCCUGGUUGGACGUGUUUUGACAGCCAUAGGCCAGCUAGCGGCUGGCAGGCCUUUCAGAGCAGCCGGGACAGGUAAAAAUGGCUCUUUUAGCACGCCCCCAGCGAGACUUCCUCCCGAGCAGCAUGGCUCCUUUCACAGCCUCCCUAAUCCAGCUAAUCCGCCCCUCAACACUUUGAAGGUGGCCCAAGGCAUGUGCGUGCAGCACUGUGUUGAGGACGCUGCAAGAAAUCAGAUUCGGCUGCGGCUGCCACUGCCAUAAGGGAGGGAGUGUGAGAGGGGGGUGGGUGCAUAUUAGCCUUCCCCAUCCUUUCUUCACUGUUUCAGGCCUGUCAAGGAAUCAGAUCUCCACAUGGAUAUGGAGGGGACACAGCUGUCCACUUACUCUCUGUUUAGUUGCAUUAUUGAAUUUGUUGCUGAUGGGAAUAGUCAUGGAUUAAACCAAAACAUAAGCUGUCCAUGAUGAAGCCUCACUUUCAACCUGGCUCACUUCCAAGGCUAUCUGGACUAGUAUCCUGCUUCAGAUCAGGCAGCUUCUAGUUGUUGGGGUUUUUGCUUUUGAGGAGAUUUCCCAGUGAGUAGAGAUGUGGGCAUAAUCUGCCAAAAUUACAGUUGACGCCUUGAUGCAAGCAGUCAAGGAUAAGAUUUAUUCUUUAUACUUCUAUGUCAUCUAGAUCAACAUGUUCACAAAUGCAGUCAAAACGUGGGUCUCUGAAUCAGGAUAAAACCAUGCAGUUGCAAAGAAGACAAACAUAAGUUAUUCUUUAAAAAAAAUCACAUUUAACGCAUUACUGUCGUGGACAACAAAUAAGCAGUCUUCAGUGUGUAGCUUUAAAACCUAAUGUUCAUGACAGUAUUGAUUUGUUUAGAACAAGGAUCUUAAAGCAAAACACCACACUACAGCAAUAACUUACAUGAUAUUUUAUCACACUGAAUUUCCUAAGUAGUACAUUUCUUAGGAACAAUAUUGGUUGAUGAUUUCUUUUGUUAAAGAUAGCUGUUUUAUUUCUCUUUUACUGGACUUUAAGUUUUUAUUUCUCACGAUCCCUUGUGUGAAUAUUCAGUUAAUGAAGGAUGCAUACAUAUGUGCAUAAUUAGUGUGGUUUGAGCUGCAAUCCUAUAAACAUCUAUCUGGGAAUAAACCUAUUGAACUCUGGGAAUUCCUUCUGAGCAGGCAUGUAUAGGAUUGCACUGUGAAACUGUACCCAUCCUAUUUUAGUCAUACAUGCAAUAUUCCAUGAGGAUCAAGCUUUGCAUAAAUUGUCUCUGCUAUUUUCCAACAGAAGCCAGCUGUGCAGAAUGCUGUGUGCAAUGUAAAAUUAAAAAGCCACAUCCCAGCAGAUUUUCAAAUUUAAAAAAUUGGGUAUACAAAUAAUAAUGAACAAUAGUAAAAUAAUAAGCCACAGAACAAAUGUCUAAGUGUAUAAAUGGACAAGACAGUUGAAGGGAUAUUAAAGGUGGAAAGGGUACCUGAAGCAGGGAAAGAGCAGCAAAGAGGACAUCAGCAAAAGAUCUGUCACUUGAAGAGUCAAGUCAAGGGAAGAUAGGUUUAUCCUACAGCAGAAAAAACCAACAGUUCAUGUUUAUGCAUUUAUUUAUGCUCAUCCCAAGUUCACCUUUCACAGAUUUGUAGUGGUUUGUAAUAUAUAAGAGGUAUGGUGUGGUUGUAGCCCUAGUCCUGCUGCAAAUUUUAAAUUAUUUUUCUUGUCCUUCAGAACAAGCAUUCUCCUUUUUUUCCCUUUUCACUUUGUAUAUCUUGAUGUUUAGACCUUAUUUUUUUGUUUCUGAUUUAUCUGUUCUGCUGUUCAUACCUAUCCUAAUUAAUGACCUUAGUUUGCCUCAUAUGGUUUUAGAUCAGGCCUGCAGAACUUAUGCCCCAUUAAGUCAGGCCCUCCCACCAACUAAGUCUUGUGUCUACCUGCUACCUGUUUGCCUGUCCUCCUAUAUUUUUUUCCUUUUCCGGUAGUUGUUUCUCCAAUUUUUCUUAUGUGUCACUCCAAAAUCUAUAGAAACACCAAAUAUUCUCUGUGGUUGGCUGUUGUAGAUAACACUCUUCAAGGUUACCACCUUUACCUCUUCAGAGUAUUUGGCAGAAGGCCUUUAUAUCCCAUCUUGUAGAAAAUCUAGGAUGUGGGGGACUAGGGCUAGGAUCGGCCCACCUAUGUGGCAAGGUUAGAUGACCACCUCAGGUGGCAGGAUCCACAGAGGCAACAGAUCCUGAUGUAAAUCUUUAUUACUUUCUUGUUCCUGUUGUGGAUCUUCACUUACCCCUUCUUCCCUGGUGGGGUGGUGGUGGUGGGCAGCGUUUUGUGGUUUGCCUCAGGUGCCAAAUUGUAUUGGGCCAACCCUUAAUAGGGUUUUGACACAAAUGUCCUCCAGCUAGCUUCAUAAAUUCUAUUAGUGGACUGUCUUAGUGAAUACCACAUCAAAUACCCAAAGACCUUGUAUGCUCCUGGCUUAGGGCAUCAAGUGUUCAGAUUCAGAAUGUACAGAUGUGGAUAAGCUACUGGGUUUUGGAACACAGUAGGUUGUGAAUCCACUCCCAUAAGUUGUGAAUCCACAAUCCAUGAGAUAAAUACAAGGAGACUGAGAUCACCCAAGUCUCUUACAAUAUUACAAAGCACCUCGCCUAGGAUCAGUAGAGGUGGGAAUACAUACAAGAGGUCCAUUGGCGCUUCUAAGAUAGAGAAUCUACUCCCAAAGUCAGUGAAACUCUCUCUAGUGUAGAACAAAUCUGUCUUUCUAUUCACUUUUGAGGCAGAAAGGCCCACUUUUUUAUUUCCAAGGCUUUGAAUUGAAAAGAAGUCCUCUUUGAGGAACUAUUCUCCUGAGUCCAGUUCAUGACAGAUCCAAGGAUAUCCUCUGAUUUUAAAAGGCAAUUAUCCAAGUUAUGUGUAACACUGUCAAGAGAAGAGGUUUUUCCCUCUGGAUUUCAUGAAACCUGGUUCCACUUUGCUUGUUUAACAAGACUGCAGCACUCACACUGUGACUGAACCAAAAAGCAAGUCUGGAUACAGAUAGUGCUAUUUAUGGGGGGGGGGUGGAUGUCAUUUAAUCAUCUAGUUUCCAUACAAAAAGUUAAAGUCUGAUGAAUUUAUUGAGAUGAAUAUAGAAUAAGUCUUACUCCCCUAUUAUGAUCUUUUCAAAUUAGAAAAAUGAAAGAAUGAACACUAAUACCCUCCUGAGCAUCUAGUACCAGUUCCACAUUUUGGGAUUGUAGCAAGAUUUGGAUUAUCUCUUUCCAUCAGUUGUCUCUUCAAAAGAUUUCCAAGAAGAAGAGAGAACAAAGCACUUAUUGGUAAUGCACCAGGCUCCAUAAUAUGGCUUCUGGAGAUGGCACCUAGGACCCCAUCUGUCGCAGUGGGGCGCCUGAGUCAGUCACAAUUCUUGUUGUUGGGCUGAUGAUGAGAGAAGUUCUAGGAGUAUUUUUAUGUCCCAGUUGAGGUUAGUUUGUGCUGGUACAGGUAGCUAGAGUAUCAAAAGGAUUGGUUGAUGAGUGUUUUGUCAGAAGAAUGAGCUUUGGAGGGCCAAGGGAAGGGCCACUGCCCUGCUUCCAAAUCAGUGAAUAGCUUUUCAUAUGUUCUUUGGACAGGUUCUCACUUGAAUAUGGCAGUUUUCCAUGCCCUGGAUCAGAGGGGUUUGUGGUUAGCGCUACGGAGUCUGGGCCAGGACACACACAGACAUUAUGCAAGCAGACAAUGUAGCAGUCUCUAGGCCAGCACCCACUGCUCAAGACAUUUUGUUGAUGUUUAGGUCCACCUUUUGUCACCCUGAAGUUGAGCCCAAAGAUCAAUUAACCAGGACCAGGGAACUCUGCAGCAGAGGCUUUAAGAGCACACGGCUUUCAUUUUAGUACACUUUCUUUCUUAAACUAUGUAGAUCAGAUAUUGCAAGCUGUGGGGAGUGCUGUGUCCUUCAUUAAAGCUCCAUCUACUCAAGAGAAGCUUGACUCGAAAUACUUGAGUUGAUUUACUGACCCUAAGAGCUAUACUUUUACUUAAGCUGAGGUUUCUCAUUUAUAAGGUGAUCAGAGCUAAACAGUUCACCCACACAGUCCCUCCUGUGGAGAAACCAGAAAUUAUAGAAUCUUGAUCAGCUGGCUGUGGUGCUGGCUUGGGCUUCCUAAGAGCAGUCUCUGAUGGGGAAGAUUUCCAUGCCACUUGACCCAAAUCAUCUGACUUUUAGGAUGCAGGCAUGCAGAGUAGGAGAGGAGUGUCCUGCUUUGUUUGUGACCAGGGUAGUUGGUGAUACAAUGUGGGAGCGAUGAACUUUGAACAGUUUGUGGUGUCACAGAUCACACAAGCAUUAUAAGUCCAUGCAAAUGGUCUAAUAAGAGACCCCAAACUUCAGUUCUGACUGAACUAAAUUAUGUUUUCUGCUCAGGUUCGUAAUGCAAAGGUGAGAGAAAACAGCAAGUGAAAGGCCCAAGUUUCCCUUCUAAUUGGGUCUUACAUCCUCUUACUGUCAUCAAUUGAGCCCUUAGAAAGGUGGGAAGAUAGCAAGGGUGUGACUCAACUUGAAAAGUGGAUGGUUAUUUGUCCAUGUAGAUCAGUUGCCAUUCUAUUUGAGGUUUUUGGGGGCUAAGGCCAAUUUAAAGGAACUUCUACUAAUUUCAGUCUGCCCUUAUAAACUGGGCCAGCAACCCAAAGGAUAUUCUACUCAAGUCUCUACAAGGAAGAGAUUAGAAAGCAAAACUGUCCACUGUCUGCAACCAUUUGCUGGGGCAAAGUGUGAAUGGGAGACUUGCAGGAAAGAUUGGAAUGUUCCUGUAGUAUAGACCAGUGGUGUCCAAACUUUUUUCAAAGAGGGCCAGAUUUGAUGAAAUGAAGGGUUGUCAGGGCCGACCAAAGUUGUUAACCUUUUUUUAGGAUUCAAGUUGUUGAGGUAAACUGCCACAGGGGUCGGAUUAAACAACUGACUGGCAGUCCGGAUUAGGCCCCCGAAACGGACUUUGGACAAGGCUUGUAUAGACCUUAGUGCUUCUUUUUUACAUGUCUACCUUUUCUAUUGAGCUAGAAGCUCAUAUAUACUUGGAUAAUACAGGGCAUAGCCCGAAGUUACUCUGGUUUCCUUGUGUCCAUUCUGUUAAAUCCUUAUUUAAACUUUUGUUCUGGAAGUCAAGAUUCCGCCCUUGUUCUAGCACGGAGUAGGUUUGUUGCAGAAAAGGAUCCAGGGAGUUCCCCAUAUCCAUUUCCGGCAUGCUGGCUUUGAAGGAUGCUCCUCCCAGCCCCAAAGAGUCCACCCAGCUGUUGGUAUCUGAUAACUGAAGCCUCGUCUCUGGCAAACUGCUGUAAGCAGAAGAAUCCCAGCUGGAUCCUGGGGUGAGGCAGUGUCUUCAACCUUUGGAUUCAGGGCUUGAUUUUAUUUUUAUCAUUUUGAAAAGAUGGAGCUAUAAAAGGUGUUGAGGAACAUUUGAUUAUGGUCCCUCAAAACAGCCAUGAUAGGAGGUCAAGUUGAAACCCAUAAGGACAUAUAUCAAUAUCAUACUUUUUUACCCCAGAUGACUUUCAUCCAUUGGACUAGAAGAAAGGUGACCAAAAAUGUUCUGAAGGGUUGAUGUCGAAAUAUACAGAAUUUUGUGGCACCUUAUAGACUGUUUUCUUUUCACAUAAGCCAUAAUAAAUCUGUUUCUAAGGUGACACAAGUUAUUUUUGUGGGGAGGUUUGCAGUAUCAGACUAGCAUGGCUAUCCCUUUGGAAUUUAUCAAAACAUACAUAUCCUUAUAAUUGAGAAAACAAUGCAUUGUAAAACUUGUAUCUUGCAAUAGUCAUUAUAUCUCAAAAGAUGAACAUGUUUCAAAAUUCAGUGAAUGCUGUGGAAAUGGGGAAAUAAAAUCAAGUAAGUCAGUCUUGUACUACCUACAGAAACACAAGUGGCAGGUACACUGCAGUAUUGGGUGCACAUGUUUGCACAUGAUAAAAGGAAUGAGAAAAUAUGUAGUCUGCUUAUUAAAUAAGCACAUUGGGAAGAUAUAUGAUUUCCGGGAUGUUACCAUGGCUUAUAUAGAGGUGCCCACAGGCAUGUGUUUUCUAUUGGAUGGGAUCUCAGCAGAUGCCAGGAACGUGUUCUUUACUGAUACAUUAAGAGCAUUAUAUUUCCCCUCCAGCAAAUAAUUGUGGGGAACUGCAUCCUUUGAAUAUUGGAAGAGACAGAUGUGUAAGAGAGACCUAUGUCUUGAAAAUGCUUCCAUGCUUUUAUCUGGAGUUCAUGGGUCCCAUAUUCAAGUCUGACCCUCUUGACAUUACAAAGACACACUUUCCUAUGUUUAAAAAACUGGAUUGUUCCUAAGAGACAACAGUUCAGAUGCUGUUCAGUUGCACUCUAAGCUCCAUCUAAUGCAGAACAACCUUGGACUAGGAUUAAUAUUGUUGCUUUGGCUGCUAUAGUUAGAAGCCUACCCCUGACCACUAGCACAUGGCCUCCAGGAGUUGAUUACUCCUGCUUUUCUUUUAUACACCCACUAGCUUGUUUUGUCACAUUCAGUCUAGUUUUGCUUUUUAAAAGAGAUGAGAUCCACUGUGGAUCUGAAUAACCUUUCUCUUCUAGACAACAAGCCCUAUAUUUUUAUCCAUGGCAACUUUUUUGUUUUCAUUUGCUUUGUUAGUUAUUAUUAUAAUUAUUUACUUAGUUGCCUAAGGUGAGAAACAGUCUCAAAGCAGCUUACAAGCAAUAUGAAACAAGCAGAGGGCCUUCUCGGUAGUAACACCCUCCCUUCAGAUGUAAAUGGAAUAAACAACAAUCUUGACUUUAGAAGACCUCUGAAGGUAGCCCUGUUUAGGGAAAGUUUUAAGGACUGCUGUUUUUAGAUAAGUUGUAAGCCACCCAGAGUGGCUGGGGGAACCCAUCCAGAUGGGUGGGGUGUACAUAACAAAAUUAUUAUUAUUAAUUAUUAUAAUGAUAUAAAAUAUAAAACAUACCAAUAACAAUAAAAAAAUCUAGCAUACAAAUGCUACUGCCACACCAUCCCAUGAAAAUACCAGAAACAUCACUGGUACAGUAGCGAUUUUAAAGUGCCAACCAAGAAUUACUGCUGCACAUACUUUUAUGUCCAACAUCAUAGCUUCUACCUAUCCUAAAUGUCUGUGAUUUGCAUUUUAAAUGGAGGUUAUAAGAUACUUGAAAUACAGGGAUCAGCUUACUGUGCAGUGUUAACAUGUCCCCCAUAAGAGGGUGCUUCCUCCAUAUUAUUUUUCAGAAAGGGAAGACUGUUAAAUUAUAAGUUCAAAUAGAAGUUCAUAAUGACAGAAACCACCAUUACAGAUCAGACAUCACAGGCAGAGCUUCUGAGCCUUCUCACUAUAAUUCAGAAAUGGUGGGCACAAUCAGCAAAAGCUAGUCACAACUUAAGACUCAUUCAAGUAAUGAAAUAGAACAGAUCAUAAAUACUUUCCCUUGAAUGUGGAAGCACUUUUAUAGUGAGGCAGUUUUGCACAUUCAGCUGUAGAUAAUCAAAUGAUUUCUUGGCCACUAUGAGAAUGAGAUGCUGAACUAGAUGGUGCUUUGUCCUGGAACUUUGGCAAGUCAAUCUAAAAACUGUGGGUUGUUUUUUACAAUAAGUAUAGAAAAUUAUUUUUUUUAAAGUAAGUUGGUAUGCGCAAGUUUUGUACAAAAAGUGAUCUUGUACAAAAAGUUAAUCCAGCUACUUGGAAAUAAGGAACUGAACAUAUAUGGAUACUAAACAGUGCACGGAAUGGUGCCACAGUGGGUGACAGAGCCCUUCGUCUUCAGGUGGCUGAGUGAAGCACGAUGUCUUACGACAAUGUCAAUUUUCUCAGUAUAAAAUGAUGAUGUGUGCUAAAUUAACAUAAGCAGUUCAAACCUCAAAAGUCCUCUACUGUAUUUAGUCUCUUGGUUUCUGAUCAUGGGUGAGUCACUUAAAAUUCUGGGGCUUCAGCUGCCCAACUGAAAUGAGAUCCUUCUGUAUCUCCAGCAGUGAUAGUGGGUAAGGGCAGGAUGAAGGACAAUAUACUGAGGACGCAUGGUCAAGAGGCAUCUACGGCAUAUAUUUAUCCAUGUUUUAGCCUCCAUUUUCCAAUUGAUAUUAAGCAUGUACUACCUAAACAGUAUAGAAAUUAUUUAAACCAUUAAGCUUCCAUCUCUCAAGAUGGUAAGACACUUUUGGGGUGGUGGGGUCUUUGCUGUGGAGCCCCAGCUGAUGUCUAGCUUUCCACCUGCUGAAGUCGCAACAGGUCCGCCUCAAUGUAAAGCUACUAUCCCUGUUUUCAUGCAUUAAAUGUUGAAAAUUUAAAAAGUAAUCUGUUGCUCUUGCUUGCAGGCAAUGUUGGACUUUAUUAUUUAUUUAAGGAAUUUAUACCCUUAUUUUCUUUAUGUGUCUUAAAGUGGCUUUCAGUAAAAAUAUUAAGUCUCUUUGCGCAGUACUGCUGCCUUCAUAAUUGGGAGAAGAGAAUGCUUUUCACUCAGAAUUCCUGAUAGAAGGAUGCAAGGUAAAUAUCACGGGUGUCAAUUCAGUACUUGUGUGAAAUUGAUUUGUUGUACCUUAGUUUCCGUACAGAAACCACAUAGUUCACAUCUUCAGGUACUGAAACCUCUCCUCCAGCUUCUGAUUUCUGCAAGUAGCUAGAAUUUAGGAUUUUCCUCUAUAUCACCUGUGUCUCAUGAAUCAAAUCCAGAAUCUUUUUCAGCAGUAAAUGUACCGUAAAUUGUUGCUCAUGUACUUCAGGGUGUUGUUGUUUUCCAUCAAGGAAGUGCUUUUGUUUCAGGGUUAUUUUAUUUUCCCAACACAAACUACAAUGUAGUUUCAAUGAGAAAAUCUCCUUAGCUUGAAGGGCUGGUGCAAUUUGAAGUGUUAAUAUGUUAUGUGGCUGCACAGGUGUCACAGGUUUGAGCAAGAUAUUGCACAACUGUUGCUGGAUUAUGACUUCUGUGAAUAUAGUACUAAAGGGCUAUGUCUGAGAUUUUUUUAAAUCAUUUGGAUAACCCUUCAGGACCCUAACAAUCUUCCUGAGGCAAGUUUCUAUCCUCUCACUUUAUCCGGAUGAUCUUUUGGCAUGCUCUUGGAUUGUUUGUCCCUUCUCCUUUGGUGACCUCUGAUAUCUCCUGUUAGGUGCAAAGGAACAUUAUGUGUGUUAAUACAAGGAGCAAAGACAAACUCUGUGCUCCAUUGUUAUUUGUAGUGACAAUGCCUAGACUGAAUGGAGAGGGCAGACUGAAGGUGGAAGCCAGUUUUAUGCAUGGAGAAGGGUCUUCUUGUCCAGUUGAUUAAUUACACAAAGGUUUCUUAAUGCUUUCUAAUCACUGCAUCCCUGGAGGGUCUCAUGAGUCUAUUCUCUGCCCUACAAGCUAAUGCCAGGUGCUUUCCUUUUUUGGUCUGGCCCAAUACUUGCUAUUAAUACUUACACCCGAUCCAGGGCAAAUUAUAGGGUUGCCCUACUCAUGGAAUCAAGGCAAUUGAUUUCCCUAGAUAGCUCCAGUAACAUUCAAACUGCCCAGUUCUGUACUCCAAGAAGGGCUUCUCUGGAAGCCCAUGUGAAUCAGACCAGGAAGUACAGCAGCCCUAUGUGGGCUUGCUGUAGGUUUCCUGCCCAUGUGUACAAAAAACCCUUGUGAUGAAAGUGACCAUGUAUAUUUUCCUCAACCUCGAAACAGUUACAAAUGCUUUUUAAACUCAAGGUUGAGUUUCUGUUCCCCUGCACACCUUUCACUCUGGUGAAUUACCCCCUCCACCCCCACUCCCACAAAUAAAGAGAGAAGGGGAGGCAAAUGUUGGAAUUUCCCUUCCUUGGAAAACAUGGGAUUUGUGGAGACUGCUGUUACUCAUUUGUUAUAUAUGGGAAACAGACAGCUUUCCUCAAGGAAGCAUUUCUGUUUCAUGCAUAUUGCAUUUUUCCAGUGCUCAAGCUGCAGUAUUAGCUGAGUAAAUGAUAUUUGACCCCCCCCUUCUGUUGUGAAUACUGGAUAGAACAACAUGGCAUGAGAGUUACAGACACCUAUUGGAUAGUGCUUGUAAUGGCUGCCCCCAUCAAGUAUCUGUGUGUCACUUCUCGGGGUCUGGUACAAAUUUGUAACACGAGUCUUCUUUCCUCUCUGCUGCUCCCUCCCUCUUCUCCCAACCCCCCACAAAAGGCUUUGUCUAUUUUGAAAAAUUAGAGGCUUGAUUGGAAUAUGUUAGCAUAAAUAAUGGGAACUAAGGAGGCUCUUUCUAUUAGUGGCUGCCUGAUUUGUGUUUAUAGCCAGAUGUGGCAAUAUGGGUGUGGGGGGGGUGUAUCUCACACUAAAUGCUGUAUAGGCGCUGUGUUCCCUUGUCAUGGACCUACUGUAAGUUCUACACAUUAUGAAGGCUAGAGGCCUAAUAUGUUUGCUGACAUAUGUUCUGAGACCUGCAAAUCCUAUCAAGCAGCACUCUUGUCUUGCUGUCCCUGGUUGGUACAGUGCUUGUUCAUCCCUCCUUCUGGCAGUCAGAUGCCAAAAGUGUUGGAUUCUUGUCUAUUGGGAUUUUAUGUUUAAAGACCAUCGUAUGUGGUGGUCUUGAAGUUAAGGUUAAAGCUUAUUGGGAAAUGAUAUAUAAUGAAUUGAAAAAGAUGCUUAAAAUAACAUUAAAAAAAACAAAACAAAAAACUAGAAGCUUUUAUUCUGGAAAUUAUAGGGAUAGAGCAGGGAUCAGCAACCUUUUUCGGCCAUGGGCUGGUCCACCAUCCCUCAGACCAUGUGGUGGGCCGGACUAUAUUCUUGGGGGGGGGAGAAAUGAACGAAUUCCUAUGCCCCACAAAUAACCCAGAGAGGCUUUAAAUAAAAGGAUACAUUCUACUCAUGUAAAAACACUCUGAUUCCCGGACCGCCCACGGGCCGGAUUUAGAAGGUGAUUGGGCUGGAUCCAGCCCCGGGGCCUUAGUUUGCCUAUCCAUGGGAUAGAGCUACCUAAAUAGUAUAGAAAUUUAUUAAUGUAUGCGACUACAGCAGCAAAAAUGUUAUUUGACCAAAAAUGGAAAGAAUAAGAAGUCUCGAUGAAAGAAGAAUGGAUACCAAAACUUAUGGACUUUGCAGACAUGGCAAAACUUACUGGAAAAAAUAAGAAAUCAAGAUAACAAACUUUUUAUAAAAGAAUGGAAAUGGUUUAUUAAAUAUUUACAAACAAAUUGUAAACAGAUAAGGACAUUGGCAGGAUUAUUGUAAUAACCUGCAAUUUCAUAAGAGUAUACAAUUAAAGUAGAUGAAUAACUGAAAACUACGGUAUAAAUAAUUUUUAAAACAACAACAACAGUGUGGGAUUCUCUUGAGUGUGCACAGGAAAUGUCAGCAGGAACAUAGGAACUCUGGAAGUUGUGGCUCUUGAGAGAGCAUCUUAUGUAAAAGGGUGUAUAUCUCUUUGACACAAACAAAGACAUUGUGUUAACUAUAUAAGUGGCUUUUGUGUGUGCUUUUCUUUACCUGUGGGUGGGGUGUCCUGUUUGGGGUAGCAAUGUGAAGGUAGGACCUUUUAUCCUUUGUCCCUGCUGUGGCCUUGACCUCCCGGCUGCUGUUUUCACCAGGGGGAAAGUCACUGUCCCACUUCUGCCCACAUGCUUGGGCCCUGCCCCCCCCCUUUUAACUACUCCAGCAUGUUAGCAAGGAACACCCCCUUUGCAGCAACACCCUCUUUAGGAUGCCUUUAUGUAUUUAUUACUAAGUGGUGGGUGAGUCACCUCCUUCAACAAAACUAUGUCCACAGCAAAACUACUAUGAAUUGCUUUGGAGACAGGAUAUUGUGUUAUUGCAUCCUGCUUUGAAUAAAAGCUGGGCUUUUUAAUGUCUUCGAAGGCUCUGAGAAGGGAUUCUCUCAAGAGCUUUGUCUGCUGCUCACUUGCCACCCUUACUCUUUCUGUUCAGUCUAUGGGGUGAUGUUUUCCCACAGGUGCUAUGGGCAUAAGGGUUUUGUUCCCUUCUUAGCCCCUGCUGUGGGGCUGGAGAAAUUCCAGUCCCUUUCCUUCUGUGGGCCUGACUUUCCUCUUGCCCAGUCAGACCAAAAUUUCAGUUCUUUGAGGCAAGAAAUUAUCUCUUACUUUUUUGUGUUUGGUGCUGGAUCUCUGCCUUCUACCAUAAAUAUCCAUAAUAAUAACUAUGAAGCUUUAAUAACAGAUUACUCCAGUAUGGUAGCGCUAAAUUGGUUGAGAGGAGGUUUUACCCUAGAAGAGAGUUGGAGUUUUCUUUUGGGGGGGGGGGAGUUUAUUGUCCGCACAUUUUCUCAAGCCAGGUGGGCCCUUAAGAGGAGAGCCCUAUCCUGUCUCUUUUAAUUGAAGCCCUCUUGGGCCUCCCAGCUGGUGUGGAAACAGAGCAGGGGGCUGCAUUUGGGUGGCCCAGCUGGGAGGGAGGAGGUGCCCAGCCCAGCAAUUUAUCCAAGAGCCUGUAAUUAUGGGGAUAAUUCUGAAGGCCUGUUCCACUGCCUGGGAAGUGGCUCUGCUGAACCUAGGGGGAGAGAAAAGGGAGAGACGGUGUCAGCAUGUGCAACGCAGGACUGAGAUAAGUUGCUUUUGUCAACACCAGGUAAUUGAUCUCCCCUGCUCCUCAGUUACAUAGCUACCCAUUUCUCAGCUGUGUUAAGAGAUGACCCUUGCCUUGAGGGCAGUUGACCAUGUAGCCAGGCUGAAGCGGCACUCUGGAAUCUACUAGGACUAGGAUGUCAUAGUGAAUCCCAGGGUGUGGCUUGGAGUGGCUUCUCAGGAAUGAGAAAGGGUGGCAGGAAAUAAAGUCUUCCACAGAAUAACCUCGCUAUGAAGCUCUGCUCCAGUGCCCUGUUGGCACUGGUACUUCCAGGCAUGCUCUUGCACUAGGCUUGCAACCCAGACUCUUUUUGCAAAAGCAAAUUGGCUAGGCCCUUUAGACACAAGUCCUGCCGGACGUGCUGUGGGGAUGUUCCUAGAUCAGCCAGCUCUGGGUUACUGGGCAUCUCUCCACUUGGCUCCCAACCAAUUCUGCUUUUUCGGCUGCCCCUGUUGGUACCCAGCUCUGCUGCUGUGGGGAGACAGGGAGUGUUUCUGGGAGCAUGCUGUGAGGCAUCCUCUGAGCCAAAGAGGCCCUGCUAGGGGAGGAGUGUCCUACACAGUUGGCUUGUCUAGCAAGAUGGGGCAGUGUAAGUCUGUCGGACCCCACACAGUGCAAGGGCCAACUGAUGGGAUGGAGCUUGCAGCCUCUCCUUAAAGAAACCUGGGAAUCUUGAGUACAAGAAGACCCUAAUGUUUACAAGGAUGUGGUCCAGUGUUUUCAUCCCUGCUGUUCUGGAGAUAUUUCAGUGCUCCUGGGGAGGCUGUGAGAAUGAGAUAUAGCAUAUCUGAGGUGUGUACGUGUUCAAUGCAUGUGGGGUGGAAUGAGGGAUAAUCCAAUCUAAUACUCAAAGCCAAAGCAGCAGUACAAUUGGGAGUUUGAUCAGGAGGGAGAGGGACCCUUUGCAUGAAAAAGGAGAGGGCUUCCUUUGUUAAUUGGAGUAAAAAAGAAUUUGCAUAGGGCUCCUCAUUAACAUGCUCACUGUUGCUACCUCGCUGUAGCCCAGAAUCCCCUCCCCCAACUUUGUAUCAAACAAUGCUGCUCUCUCAGUGGAGGGGAGGGGGGUUAAGCAGGAGCAGCUGGGGGGGGGAGGAGGCUGUGGCACAUAGAGUGACAGUACCUAAGUUUAACGCCCUCCCCAUCAGACAAGAGAGUGCCCCAUGUAAAGCAUACUUGGCAGCUUCUCUCAUUUUGCCUUGUCUUUUCAUGUUGCUCCCUGGUUAAUUAGGGUGUUGGAAUUUGAGGCUUCCUCAUUCCCCUUUGAAGCUUCAGAUUGUCCUGUUCCAAAUUAACCCUAAUUACAAGGAAUAUCUCCCUCUCUUCCCUUCUUCACAACACUUGCAGAUGUACUGUCAUUUCAGCUCCGAACGUUGUUAAUAAAUAAAUAAGGCUCCCAGUGUCCACUUCCUACUAUCACUCAUCCUGGGCAGUGACAAGAACAAGGUUGUUGAGAGGGUCUCUCUCUCUCUCUCUCUCUCUCUCUCUCUCUCUCUCUUUCUCUGCAUAUUUCUGUCCUGGCCAUCACAUGGCACAAAACCAUCUCCUGGCACUUGUUUAAAAAGAGGCUUUGUACUUAAAGACCGUCUGAUGAAGGACUCCUCUAAUUUUUGGGAUCCAUCUUCGCCUGUGGCUUCAAAGUUUGGCCUGAAUGUGUUCCCCACCCUUCCUCUACAUUCUGGUUGUACGUGUGGUUUCUCUCCUGGGUGGCCUAGUCAAGAUCAGCAGAGCUCAGCAUGACUCCUGGUGCCUUGCCUCCCAAACAGCCUGGAAUGGUUUGGAUUCUGCCUCUGAUGCUUCCCUCCCAGCUCUUCCCAUCUCGGACAGACGCAGAGUGUCUGUCCCCUCCCUGUGUUCCUUGGCAUAGCCUCCUCCCUCACUGGCAUCCCAGCUGUUCCUUUGGGGAGAGUGGCGUGGAAACCAAAAGCAUGCCUGUCAAUCAGCUUGGGUUUAUAUAUAUAUAUUUAUAAAAAUCAACAGCUACGAAGUAUUAAAAGAAGAAUUUAUACUUACAAAAAGUGACAAAAUAGCAGGACAGGAUAGAAUUGUUGAGCUCAGCAGCGAGCUUGUAGUAAAAAUGUCUACACAAACUCUCUCUUACCAAGUUUGAGAAAUAUAAUUUAUGAUGAAGAACCCAGAAUGAUGGAGCGGGAGAAGCACCAAUAAGCAAGAGAAUUAUCAGGCUGUGGAAUAUGUGGUUUUUAUGUCCUCAUUUUCUGCUUCUGUUAAAAAUAAGGUGAGCCAGAGAAUUUGAAAAGGAAAAGAUAAUAUGUGAAAAAUGUUUUUUAUUUUAAUAUGAACAAUAUUUGGAUAGGCUAUCCUGUAGAGCAUUCUUCCUCCCACUUGGGGCGCCCUCAGAUAGAAAGAUAAUUUUAUUUUUUAUUUUGACAAAGUAAUAAUAAUAAAUAAAUAAAAAUGAGCACUCCACCCACAAGACCAUUCCAUUGUAACUACCCAACCUCCCAAAAUUUCAGCACAUCUUGCGAUGGUUUGACCCAUAUAUUUUUAUAGACUACAACUCUCAUCGUCCUUGACCAUUGCUCAGGCUGGCUGGAGUUGAUAGGAGUUUUAGUCCAAACCACCUGGAGGACACCAUAUUGAGGAACGCUGUACUAGAGUCAAAUAGUUGGGAGUUACUGUAAUGGCAAGCACCCUACAGUACAUAUUAUGAACCUUCCAUUUAUUGUGCUCCACAGCUGCUGCCAUAAGACGUACCUGUGUCACAAACCUAUUUUGGUUUUGCCCCAGUUUAGCUGUCAUUACUCCUUCCUCCUCCCCAUCCCUGCUGCUGCCGCCAACAAAUACAGUAAUCCUGGGAAUUGCAAUUUGUGGUGUUUUCUGGAGAGAGGCAACAUGUAUUAAACCAGUUAAAGACAGAUAUGUCCACACACGUUUAGAAGAAAAGGAGUUGGGAAAAUCAAGAAAAUGUUAGAAUGCAUUGGUGUUUCUUGGAUUCUGACCCUCAAGAGACAGCUAUGUUGUCAUUAGCCCCAUAAACCUGAAGCCAAAUGUUGAGAGUCUUCUGCAAUGGCUUGAAAAUGGGAGAUUGUAGUCAAAACAGAAUUUGUCUUUGGGUUCAGUAAUCAGUCGCUCAGCCUGUGUCUCUAUAUCUGCAAAAUGGAAAUAGUGACAACUUCACUAUGCUUAUUUUAAGAAUGAUUAAGGGAAUAUCUACACUAUAGACUCAAACAAGUAUGAAAUUGGUUUAACUGCCAUGGAUUUCCCCCUGGAGAAGUGUGGAAAUUGUACUUAUUUUUGUGAGGUUGCUUUGAGUGCUCAGAUAUAAUCCCUUGAAAAAAGCACAAUGAACAUAAAGAUGGUUUAAAUUUAUAACACAAAUUACUUAACAAAUUACUGAAGCAAUACUGAAGCAAUGUAAAUUCAAUGUCAAUUUCCAAAUGAUAUAUCUGUUGUUAACUUUAUAAAUAAAAUUUUAUGAAUACACUUGUGCAAUAUUCCUCAAUGAGAAGUUUAACCACGGCAAACAAAUGUCUCUGGAAGUCACCUUUGUCCGUUUAACUUCCUAUCUUCUGCAAUGUUCAGCCACAGAAGCUUGUGUGUGCUAGGGUGUACUUUCACUUUGCACAGAGUAAAUGUGAGGCUCAACAGGCUUGGGCAUUACUAUGACUGAACUGAGUAUGCGCUGUAGAAUAUUUCCCAGAAUCCUUUGCUAUAUACAGCGGUUCUGUGGCAGGCAGGCAACUUCCUCCACAACUUGCACUAUUUUGUAGCAAAGCUACCAUUGGGGCAUUCUUCAGACUGGGAGCUUGGGGCACAGUGAAUUUGCCCUUGGCAUUAUUAGUUCACUCAUCCCACUCAAAGCCAUAAGGGGCAAACAAAGUUAUUCCCCUUCAGUUUUUAAUAUACUGACUACAUUAGUCAUAUUUAUAUACUGUACUUCUUAUUGUGGCUUCUAGAGCACCAGGUCAGUUACAGUAUACGGUGGGCAACUUCCUCUGGCAGACAAUGAACUAUAGCACUCUGUGGUGGUAGCAGCUUCUCAAUAUGUAGUUUCUCCUUCCACUUUCCCUUUCCCUUUCUUUUUCAAAAAUAAAAUACAGUCCCAGAAGCUGCAAUUACAGAGGAAGACUGUGGGGGAGGCAGUUCUUAGCCCUUUCCCUCCAACAGUUGUGUCCCCGCCCCCCCAGUAAAACCACUCUUUGCAAGUUGCUGAACACCUGCCUCCUCUCCAGUAGGAUUUUGCUUGUGGGUGGGGAGCAUAUCAAGCAAUAUCACUCCAUAUUGAGCCCCUCCUCACUUCUACCUCUGCAGCUGCAUUUUGUUUUAUGUUUUAAAGAUACUAUAUGUGAUCAAGCACAACACUUCUCUGUGUCUUUUAAUUUGUUUUAAUUAAUUAGACAACUAACCCAGAUUGGAGUCAUCAGUCUACUAGUUAAAUCUUCCAAGGGUUGGGGAAAUGUAUUCUUUUAACCAUGAUAAUGUGAAGAAGAAUACAUGUGUUAAAGGGAAGACCAGACUGCAUGAUGUUCCCCUGUGGGCCUAUUCUCAGUUCUAGGGUCUCUCAUGUGAAUAAGCGAAGAGCCAAGUAAGAGGACAGAGGUAAGUGGGAGGUAUAUUAACUCCAGUGUUUCUUUCCCUUUCCCUCCAGAGGGCAGCCGUGUCAGCCAGGAGCUCCGGUACACAAAGGAAAAGCUAGGAGAAGAGUCUCUGUACACACCCCAGAUGCUGAUACAAACUCCCAAACGGGAAGGUGAAAACAUCCUGACCCCAGAGGCCUUGGGAAUGCAUCUUGAAGCUGCUCUGGCUGCAAGCAAAGUGCAAGUCUUACUUUACGGAAAGUGAGUUUCAAAAUGGAAAAUCUAUGUUAUUCUCAUAAGAAGAACAUACACUUUUUAUAAUGGAUUAGAUGAGGAUCUAUCUAGUCCAGCAUUCAGUUUCUAUCAAUCUUCAGGUGUCUCUGGGUGCUCACAAGCAGAGCAUGAAGGUUAUGGCCUUCCCCAAUGUUUGUGCCCAGCACCUGUUACUCAGAGGUACAUUGCCUCUGUAGCUUCCAUUUAGUUAACAUUCCUCUUUCCAGCAAUUCUUCUGACUUUUUUUUUUUACAUUCAUUGCCUCUGCUUCUUCUUUCAGGUCUUGGGAUCUCAACAAAAUAUGCUACAAGUCAGGUGUCCCCAUAAUUGAGAAUGGAAUGAUUGCACGGGUGAGUUGCCAAGGGAAUGCAUGCAUCUGCAGGGACAGGGGUUGCACUAAAACCCAUAGAAAUUAGGUAGAUCAGCUGGGGAAAAUCUCUUUGUUAGAUGGCAUAAAUAAUUCCCUGGGGUCUAGCUGGUUGGCUAGAGAAUGGGGUGGGUCUUAGAGAGGAUAUCCAGGUUGCUAUGGGGAUAGGGUGGAAUCUUUAAAAAAGGAUGGUGUUACAAAGGAGCAGCUUCCCAAAGCACCCUUCUGGGUUCAGAGACUUGGACAUUUCUGCAUAGACUGGACAUGCUUCUUUUUGCUAGACCCCUAACCCUGGUUACAAUCACUCCUGUGUAUCUGAGAUAAGAGCUAACUAUGAGGCUUUAUUUCCCUUCCAGCCAUAUGCUGGGGGAGUAGAAAGAGGAAAGUCUAUUUUAUCCUCAACUGCUUUCAGCAGUGCCUGACCUCUGGUGAUAAGAGUUUUACAUCCUGCAUGCCUCAGUUGCAAGAGACUGCUGUCCCCUUAGACAGGUAUCCUCAGAGUGAGGACUUCCCGUGGCCCACUGUAGCCCAUUUGGCUAGGACAAGUCUUCCAGGUUCGCAUAUCUGGGAUCUGUUCGGAUUGAGGGCUUGUAUUUGGGAUGGUACUCUUUGGUUCCCAAAGCCAUUCACUGUUCCAAAAGGCUGCAAGGGAGAGAAUGGGGAGACAAGGUUAGUUAAGUUGCAGUAGGACACUGGUUGUAGAGAGGGUAGUCCCACCUGCAAUAAAAUUAUGUGAGCAUUUGGGCAGGUCAAGGAAGGUAAGGGACAAAGAGAGCAGAAGAGAACUGGAAAGAUGAACUUGUGGUUUUCCUCUGUGACUGUGGCUCUUGUCAUUCCCAGAUGAUCGAGAAGCUCUUUCCUUGUGUUAUCGUGACCCCACUGGACUGCUUUUGGGAUGGUGCCAAGCUGCAAGGGGGUUCCGCUUACCUCCCGUGAGUACCUGUUUUUCAGGUGUACUUUUCUGCCCUGCUCUGAUUGGCCUGUGAGGCCAAGUCUGUGUAGAAGGCUGUCUGUAGGUUAAGCAUGUAUCCAGCACAGGGAUUGAGACCUGACAUGCUUUUAGCUAUUUCUUCUCUGUUCCCUAUUCCACAGACUUAUCUGGGCUUUAGGAAGUAUGCUUGUCUUUACACAUACACACUCUCACACACUGUCUUCUAUCUCAGCCCCCCUCAGCUAUUUGAGAGUGCUUUCAAGCUCUUUCACAGGAUGUGAAGCAUGAUCAUUUAGCAUUUUCUUAAAGUGCCCAAAGCACUUCCACUUCCCUCACUAAACACAAUAAUAAAUAUAACAAACUUUUAAGGUAGGAUAGUCCUAUUCUUUCAGUAUUAAAGAAGGCAUUACUAAAGGCUCUUGCAUCCCAGUGUGUUGGUGGAUGAGCUGAGAUUUGAAUUGGGGAUUUCCAGCUCAGACGUCACACCUCAAGCUCUUAACCUCUCGUACAGUGUCCCAGUUCUUAUUUGCAGCUAAGCAAGGUCCCAACAAGGAGAAAGACAUCUGAAUGUAGCAGGAAUGUUUGCCUGCAGUCACUGGUCAAGAAUAAGGAGUAGAGGAAGAACCAGUCAUGACAAGGAAUGUACAUGAGCCUGCCCAAAAAGAUGGUGGCAUCUUUUUGUGUUUUGUCAAUAAUGCUCUUUUACCACUAAGUCGGAGCUGGAGUUAACUGUUUGCUUUUAAGGUCUGCAGGCUGGAUUGCCCAUGGCAGGCAUUGUUAGAAAGCAUAGCUGCUGAUGAUGGAGGAGGAGGGGUUGCAAAAACACAUUGUGGCUUCAUAAUUUUCCUGUACUAAUAAGCGAUAGGAUCUUUGCCUAAUAAUUGGGUUUCUUGCUUGGCUUGCUUGGCACCUGUGGACAAGCUUCCUUCCUGUAUCUGGUGCUUCCAAGGUUACUUCCCUACCUUUCAGUAUGUUUUCAGCGUGCUUGUUUGGGGAAACGGAAACAUAGUUCUCAUUUUCAGUGGCACAUAUACUAUUAAAGUGGCACCUGUGGCACAGGAAGGAGAGUAAUGUCCAUCUGCUGUAGAAUAGCAUAAUUUGCCAGUUACCACCAUAAUACUACAGCUUUUCUCCUCUUACCUAUUCCACCACGGCAUGGCCAAGGGGAUUUUGCUUACACACACACCCCCACCUUGUUCUGCAAUGCCACAUUAGGGAGGGGGGUGGUAACAGUUAGUGGGUGGUAGGAUAGUCUCACAUCCUCCAGCCUGCCCCCCACAGAAUUUGGGAAUAGGUCCACAGCCCCAGCAGUUUCUCCCUGUCCCACUUCCUAACCAGAGGGAAAACGCUUUCUCUAGUCUCCUACCCCCUCCCCUAAGUUUCUACUUUGGGGCCAAUUGCUUUGUUUUGUUGCUCCUGCUGCCUCGUAAUUAUGUUUCUAUUAAGGUGUACAAAAUGGGGGAUGGAGGGGGAGAGAGGGUAAAGAUGUGGGGACCAGCCCCACUGGAGGCACUGGGGGAGGGAGGGCCAGGAACAAUAGCCAGCAUUCUUUCUGUUUACAAGUGUGUUUGUCCAUAAGGGGCCCUGGAGACUUAUGCUUUGUCAGCAAACGGCAACACCACGUAUUCUCAUGCUAAUGAUACUUUGAAAGCUCCAAGUUGCCCAACAAAUGGAAUAGUAGCUUUAUUCAGCCUGCUGCUGAGAGAAAGGGGACAGGGAGGGAGGGAGGAGAAAACAGAUUUCAGAAAAAUUAAAAGAGGGAGGGAUUUUAAUAUCAAACUGCCAAGAAUAAGGGUUGGGGUAGGGUGAAGUGUUUUCCGUUGAACUCGGGAGCAGCACAAAUGCAAGGUGUGGGGUUUUGUUUUUUUAAGGGAACAGGGUCUGUUUCAUCUCACUGAGUUUAUCUCAUACAAAUGUUGGGUGCUAUUUGCAGGGUGAUUCACUGAACAAAAUGGAGAGUUACUCUUAAGCACCCCCCCAAAGGAGAACUAAAGGUUACAGGAUUUGAGACUUUGGGGUGCUUUCAAGCUUCCCUUUUCUUUCCCUUUUUUAAAGUAGAUGAAAUAUGGGGUUUUAAGAACACACUUUGCCUAACACCUCAGACUCAUGUGCAAACCAGGGCAGUUGGCAAGGAAGCCUGGGGAUUUUCUUGCUCUUCCUAGAUUCUUUCAUUAAACGUCAUGUCCUUGCUCCCUUACUUUCUGUAUCCAGUCUCUUGGGUUCCUUGUUUAUUUAUAAUGACUCUCGUAUCCCCCCUCCUCCACUGCUCAGAAAUUUCACACACACACGUCCCAAAGUUUUCUUGUCAGUAGGUGGAAUGGGGGAGUCUUUUCCUCAGGUCCAGCUUCCGCUUCAGUUCAGCUGAGGGUCUCUCUCUCCCCCCCCCCUCCUUUUAACGCAAAGGGAGAGAAAACUUGGGAGAACAAAGGGCAGCAAUCUAUGGAAAAACAAAAGGGCCCGACUUGGCUCAGUGAAGCAAGAAACAGCAGAUAAAAGAAGCUCUCUUUGGGAGCAGGAGCUGGGCUGUUUGGAAUGUGGGAAUCAGGCAAGGAGGAACCUUCUUGGGACCUGGGGGUUCAUGAAUGAUUGGAGAGUGAUUCUGCUCCGAGCAUGACAAGACUUUCCCUGCCCCUGCUUUCUUGCUUUCCACAUCUUUUGCUUUUUCCUUCUGUUUUUUAAAAAAGAAAAUAGCAAGCAAAAUAGACUUUGCUUUGUGAUUCCAGCUGAAAGGACAAAAUGCUGCAACUCCCUUCUUCAUAUCCAACCACUUUCCCCCCCUUCUUCAACUUAUUUUGGUUUGUUUGGCUACAAACUUGUGUGGAGAGACAGAAAAAAUCCCUAGCAGCCAGCUCUCUAGAAAGAGUCUGGGAGACAAGCUUUGCCUAUCAAGGCUUUCAGUAAUUUGAUAGGCUCUGAGAGUAGAGCAUGUAGAUCUUCAGGCCCUGAUCCUGCAUGGACAAGCUCCUCCGAUUUUAAUGGCUGCACAACAGGAACAAGAACAAAUUCUCCUAUUAGAAUGGGGAAAUGAACAUGGAAAAUCAUACCUGGCAAAUUUCCUUGCUGCAGAGCUCUUAUAGACCCAGAAACUUAGGGGCUAAUUACUCCGGGGCUAUGUGAGCAGGAUUGUCUCUACCUCCAAUCCACUGGGAAGAAGUUGCUAAGAUUGUAUCAAGGCAGUGAGGGAGACUGCAGUCACCUUGCCACUUUCCCUUGCUUCUGUGGCCUCAAUGAUGCAACCACUCCAUGACAGGAAGUUGAAGACAAGAAUGCAUGAGAACACCAGUGGAAGAGUGAGUGGCAUCAGUGGAACUGUAGCUCCAGUCUCAGGGUUGUUGUUGUUUACAGCAUUUAAAGCAGAGAUGGGGAGCCUCAGGCCCAGGGACCUGAUUCAGCCCUCCAGGCCUCUAUAUAUGGUCCUCAUGAAUCUCCCUGGGCCACAGCUCUCACUUGCUCUGCUUUUUGGAAAUAGGCCUCUUGUUAGAAAUUUGCUUCUGUCAUGUUAGGAAGAUGCUGCAUGAAUGGCAGUGGAGGAGAGUUGCUGGAUAUAAUCAGACCUGAAACAAGAUGCCAGGAUUUGUUUGGAUUGUAGCUAUAACCUUGAUCUCGGAGAAUGUGACACAAAGCCUGGAUCAAUUACAAUAUACUGGCUAAUUGAGUUCACUGUCAAAUUCUACUCUCUGAAGUUUCAAAACCUCCACCCUUUCCAACAGGUACUGGUCUAGGGAAAUAUCUUUUAUCAGUUAAUCUCUUGUCAGACCAAGCAGAGGAUUUGCCCCUCGAAAAGUUGCCCAUUUGGAGAGUUUACUAUAAUCAGAGAUCCCUUAAAGACGAUUCCCCUUUCUGCUAAACUGUAUUCCUAUCUGUCUAGAGCUGGAAUUAAUUCCUAAGCAACUCCCUUGUACUUUAUACAGAUAAAACUAGCCUCUAUGGCUCAUUGUGGCCUUUGGAACCAUUCUUAUUGCCUCUUCUCUGACCUUUGCCAGUACUUUAUAUGUUGCCAGAAACAGUCGUGCAAGUUGCUUGGGCUUAGUUCUCUGAAUAUCUUGUCUUAGUGGUUCUACUCUCCUAGCCCCAGAUAGUCAUUUUGGUGGGUCACUGACCCUUUCUCACAGUAUGAAGCCAAGGAACAUUUUCAGUGAAACUAGAAAGUGACCAAAUAAUGGAGUUUUCACAAGAUUCUUGUGAAAUUUACUGUCUCGGGAUAAUGUUGGGCAGAACUAGGCACAAUUUGCCCUUUCUUUGGUGGGUAGGGAAACUCUAGGUCUAGUACUACAUUUUCAGGGGGUGUGACCUUUCCUCUAUAGUACAACAAAUCUGUCAUUGCAAUGGUUGGAGAUGAAGCCUUCCUGGGAUAGAUCCUUCCACACUUGCUCAUUAAAUAAGUUGCAUGUUACAAGGGUUACACUUUUUGUUUGGGCAGAAGCAAAAUGCCUUUUUUCCCAUCAAGAAGCCUUUUCAAUAUGUGUAUAUUAUCUAGACAUCUAUAUAAACAGAAAGAAUAAAAUAUGCACAUAACAAAUUAUACUGCUGUGUACAUCCCUGUGCACAAAUGCAUCAGGCCAAGUGUUGUGCAUGGAAAAUACCCCUCUUCCCUUUCCAGCUUUUGUUGAAAGAUUCUCUUUUGCUUCUGGAAUACACCCUGAUGCCCCUACAUGCACAUGACCCCAGCCUACAGCACACACACACAGCUCUGGUGCUCCCAGAGGAGGCACUGUCCAGAUCCUCUGGAGCUGGCACUCUAAACCAGAUGCCAAAUGAAAGCAGCAUGCCUGAUCCUGUUAUGCACGGGAACAAAAGGAAUGAAGCCCUAUAUCAGCACUGAGCAGACCCCUCCCACCCCCUAAAUGAGUCUUGUGCAGCCAGUCAGGGCAAUUAACGCCAGCGUGCUAACAUCUUGAUAGAGGCAGUGCUGGGAGAGCCAGGGCUCUGCAUGCAAGGGAGAAGCAGUAGUACACAGGACAAGGGAAAUGGACUUAAAUUAUGGCCAGACCUAGUAUGUGGUGUGUGUGUGUUCAGAGAUCUUCCUUCUUGGGGGACAAGUCCAUGUUCCUUCUCUAGCCUCUUUAUUGCUCCAAAGGAAAAUAAAAGCUGCUCAAGUAUGCAUUGCUGCAUAAGUCUGCUACAGCCCAGACAUAUGGUCAGGUUUAGCCUUGCAAAUAUUCACACAAAUUACUAGCCUACCAAAAAAUGUAGUUACCUGCCUACUUAUACAUAUAUGAAUUUACAAGCCUCCUCUUAAAAUCAUCCAUUUAAUAUAAUCUGUAAUAGGAAUAAGUGAUGCUAUCUGGAUACUUUUCUUUCCCUGUUAACCCAUAUUUUAUCUCUGUAGGGGCCGGCGCGAUAUCCAGUGGACUAACUUAGACCCCAUUCAACUGAUGGAGGAGUUGGGUCAGUUUGCCUCGCUGGAAGGAUUCAAGGAGAUGCUGGAUAAGGCAGAGGUUGGCCAGGCCUAUAUGGAGCGGCCUUGUCUUGACCCCUUUGACCCUGAGUGUCCUACAAGUGCCCCCAACAGCCAAAGCCGGCAGGUAGGUUUGAGCCAGGCAUGUUCCCCAACUACUCAGUGUAUUUCCCAAAUGCAUAUGUAAAUGAGAAAAUGAAUUCUCUCAAACAGUAUACAAGGGGGUAAAUAUGUAUGUCUGGACUGUUCUUCACACUGCAGAUGACAGCUCAUACAAUGGCAAUAAAACAUUUGGAACUUUAUCUAGCUUUCAACACAUAAUAAAUAUUUGUGUAAGAAAGCACAUGCUUUGCAUGCAGACAGUUCCAGAUUCAGUCCCUGUCAUCUCCAGGUAGGGCUGCAAGGGACUCCUGUCUGAAACCCUGGAGAGCCACUGUCAAUCAACUUUGACAGAAUUGAGCUAGAUGGACCAGUGUUCUGAAUUCAUGUAAAGCAACAUCUUAUGUUCCUAAGGAGGAGAGUUCCAUUUUAUGGGUGUCUAGAUCUGAUAUUAAGAGAUGCACUAAGACAGGUUGGACAGCUGCACACACAAUGCAACCUUCCUGUAACAGCCUAUUUGAAAAGUAGAGAAUUGUAAUAUUGCGAAGUGCACUCAGUAGGAAUUCUGCAGAAUGGGCACAAAAUUUGCCACAUGGGCAAAGAAUUUGGUAAAUGACGAAUCUUAAUUGGGAUCACAAAGCUAAAGAGAUCUGCAAAUUCCAUAGAUAAAUGUGGCAAAAAGGCGAGUGCCAUUCAGUGCUCCUAAGACAUGCUAACCAAAUAAAAAGGCAGUUUCUCCAAUUGUUAUACCUUUGCUUCAAGAUACCAGGAGCCAAAGUACCAUAGGAGCCAACUCCUUUGCCCUCCCAAUAAAAUAUUUGAGGGAUCCCCCCCAAGUUGAUGGGCAUUGCCAUUCAAAUGGUGUGUGCGUGCUGCAUCUUGUGAUCGAUUAUGCAGGGUGGGGCUUACCUGCCUCUCCCCCCCCCAAUGUUUUAUUCAAGUUGGCACCCCUGCAAGGUACACACUAUAUACCAUGACAUAAGACUGAUGUAGCCAAAGUAAAUGAACAUUCUGGCUACAAAAAGUAGAGCUGAUUCUCUGGCCUGGACUCUGGGAGGGGUGGGGAGGAGGCUCGAUGAAGUCACAGAGCUCUUCAGAUUGUAACACAUGUGCAAAGCAACAGAAUAGCUUCCUUGUGUCUUGUUGGAGCUAGGGACCUCUUUUCAGGCACCGUGUGCCCCAAAAGGCUGGAUUCACUGUGGGGUCCCCCAUUUGGUUAGCUUUGCCCUUCUGCGUCCAGGAGUGUGGGGAGAUGUGGAAUGCAAGGCAGCGUGCCAGAGAGGCACAGGCAGGAAUGAUGGUGCUGAUCCAGGCAGACGCAGUGCAAGUGCUCACCAGCAGGUGGUCAUAGUUGGAAUGUGUCCCAGAACAGAUGGCAGCUUCGGAGCUUUUGGAAGGUGGAGGGGGGAGAGAGCAGUGUAUGCGUACACACACGGAGCACAUAUGACCAAGGGCAAGCACAAGGAGCGGGAGGAUGGAGUUGCAGCCAUAAUUCCACAUUUCCUGGCUUGAAAGCCAGACUGUUAUCAUUAUGGCUAUCCAGUUUCUCUCGCUGCCACCACAGGAGCAGGAAGGAGAUGCCUGUAGGAUUGAAGGGAACACCCAGUGUGCCUGUGGGCAAGCACACGCACACACAGGAUGAUAUAGUCAGAAUGGAUUCUGCAAACUCCUCAAUCAAAUGCAAAAAGACACUAUGAUUUAUAUGCAGAAAAGCAUAGUAGUUGCCUGGUAUAAUACCGAGUCUUCUUAUAUUUCUCUUAGUUGGAUAAAUAAUAUCAAGCAUUAGCUGAAUUGAAUUCAUCCAUCUGGUAUUGUCCAAAUGGGCUGCUUGUUGUUGUUGUUGUUAUCCUUGUUGGCUGAAAAUGUGGCACUGCUGCUUUGCAAGGUAGAUAGAUAGAUAGAUAGAUAGAUAGAUAGAUAGAUAGAUAGUGAAGCCAUGAUUGGCAUGCUUUAUGAAAGUGCUGUCCUCCAGCUUACAAGGCGAUAGGAAUUUUCCUGCUUUUCCCAUUGCUUGAUGCUUGUCUUAUGACUGUGUGGGUGACUCACUGGUGAUUGCAGGGCGACAGAGCCAGACUGAUUUUGGGUCGUCAUUCUAUGAGAAUACCUAGACCAGGGGAGAACCAAUGUGGAGCACUGUCACAUAAAAGCUAGAAUCUAUCAGAUCUCUUUAGCUCUGCUUGCUUUCCCUGCGCAGAGAUUGUGUGAUUUAUUAUGUCUCAGGGUUCCAGGCAUUAUGAUAAUGGUGGCAAUGCCAUCUGGCAUGUCGCCGUCUUCCAUCCUCGGCAAUCAGGGAGGCAUCAGGCUGCUCCAAGGAGUAGUUAUUCUGACAGUUGUUAGUAAACCUUCUUAAUUGUUCCAGGCCAAUGUCACUGAACUGAAAUGUGGAUUAUUAUUGUCAGAUGUGAGGUUACAUAGCUAGGAGCAGAAUGGAUUAUUUCCAGAGAGGAUCUCAAGCCUUGCCCAUUAUUGUUAACCAGCAGAAUAUGCAAUAUUAUUAUGUUUACGUAUGUGGUGUUUGCUAAAAGAGAGCUUCUGUCUGUUGUAUGCCUUUCAAGGGCACAUGUGUAUGUAGGGUCCCUAUCAGCAAGGGACUGACCACCCAGGGUCAUGACUGGAGGGCAGGUUUAGCCCCCCAGUCCAACAUUGUCCCAAAGGGCAGAACUUUACUUUUCUCCACAGAAGAGGAUGUCAGCUAUUCACUAAUGGGUGAUGGUAAAGAGAGGCACUUGGGCACCUCAUUGGUGUUUGGGCUACACCAGCUCCAGCCAGUGAGAAUUAAGCCUGUUCCUAUUUGUAUAGUUCCCUAUAAGGUUCAGUUACCUGGUCACUCCUGGAUGUGACAGAAUGCUGGAAUAGUGUUACGGAAUAAUGGGAAAUAUUCUUUGUUUUAUUUAUAGAGACAUGUAUUGUUCCAGUAGCAUCGUUAAUGUGCUAAAGUGCUUUACAUUUUUUUCACUAUUUUAUUUCCAUUUAUUGGAUACAAAACUGAAGCUAAUAAAUGUUGACUUUUCCAAAGUGCUCAAUGAAUUCAUGGUUGAGCAGGAAUUUAAACCUGUUUUGGUCACUCAAAUUCAAUAUUCUAGAGCAGGCUGCCUGUCCUACUGAGAAUUUCGUGUGUGUGUGCGCGCAGUUUUUGUUUUGUUUUUUUACAUGUGUCAUUUGCAGAGGAGCAACAUUUGCCCUUGCUUUCCAUAACAGCUGGGUUUUGUUUUAUUAGCCAGCUAGUCAGGGCUAUAGCAUAUAAUCCCUUAGUCUUAAUCAGAACAGUUCUGCUUCAAUAGUAGUAGUAGUAGUAGUAAAUGUACACAGUGCACAAGUCAGAAGUAUGCAAAGAUACUUCUUCCUCCAUGAAAAGCAGGAGAUGGGGCUAUAGUGGUGUCCUUAAUAUGCAUCUAAAAUACCUGUGCUUAUGUCUGGAGUUUAUGCUGCUAUUUUACAUUCCAUUCUUGUUGUCUCCACCAGGAACCAGACAUCCCCUCAGAGCUCACAGGUGGCUGCCACGGCUUCUCACGAAAAUACAUGCACUGGGAAGAGGAACUGAUCCUGGGUGGCACCGUGAAGGAUUCCCAGGGCAAACUGCAGGGGUAAGUGUGUGUUUGUGUGGCGUGUGUGCCUGUCAAGUCAGAGGUCUUUGGCCAGGAAUAACUCAGUAGCUAAGGAAUUCUUUAUGCAGAGCAGAUGGCUUUUCCCUGCAAGCAGGGCCAAUUAAAAAGGAUGGACAAAGUCAUAAAUGUUGUGUUUGAAUGGUGAGGGGAGAGGACAGUGUGGCUCCUGGGAACUGCUUGGACUCUCGCUGCUACCCCUUUCACAGUUGGGGGUGGUAGUAAACUGCCUCCUGAGCCAGCUUGUAACUUGAUGCCACUGAGGUUCAUAUUCUCGUGGGUGCAUGUCCGCGACCUGACCCUAGGAGCAACUGGCUUGGGCAUUCCUAAGCCAUGGGAUUUAUGUUGAUCCCUGAAGCUCUGGCUGCCAUCACCCCUUGCCUCCCGAAGCCACCUCCCCCCACCCCAAUUCCUUCCAGCUGCCGUGGAUGCUGGAAGACACAGCACAGACACCUGCUUGCAGCAAUCCGCAGCCCUGAUCCUAGAAAGGGGCUCAAAUGCACAUUGGGAAGUUGAUUCCACACAAGUCUGCACUGUGCUGGCACCUGCACUUAUCUGUUCUGCAGGUUGCCAUACCUUCUGUUUUGGCAUGGUGGGGCACGUUCUGCAUGCUGGUGGGGGCAGUGUCAUAAUCGGUGUCAGCUUUUAAAAACCAUUGUUCUUCAGAGGGGAAUUCUUGUGUCUCUGAACCCUUCCAUAUCUCACAAGGCAAAGAGCUGCAAAAAUGGCUAAGGAAUGGGCAAUAGAUUGGGGGCAAGUGUUAUUGCUGCUAUACAUCGCCUUGCUUUGGUUUUAAAAUCCCAUGCAAGGAAGCAGUCAGAAAAUGGGAAGCAGCCAGAAAAUGGGAGAAAAGAUCCUCACCUUUUAAAGUUGGAAGGCUCAGGCAGAAGAAAGAGAUGUGCUUCUGAUAUUACAGGGAGGUGCAUCUGCAGCCAUUUCCAGCUCUUUUCAUGCAUUUCUAGAACACAAUACAUGCAGGCUUUUCUUGUUGUGUAUAGAUUGGGAUGUAUACAUGGUGAACUUUCUAUGCAAAUGAUCUGCUACAAUCACAGGUCUGCUGGGAAAGCCUAUUGGUUUUUCUCAUGUUUUGUGUGGAACAUUAGUCAGUGACUUGUUUUCCAUGGCAGCUGAUCGACAUGGCAUGCAUACCUUUUGCAUACCUUUUUGAUAGGGGUGGCUAGCCACCUGUUUCAAUUGAAAAAAGCCCCAUAAGUAGGCUUGUGAAAGAACUGUGCACAGAAUGAGGGCUGACUGUGAGAUAAAGAAAGCAGAAAUCAGGCUUUUGGUUUCUGCCUUGAGCCUGGGCAGUGGGGGAGCAAUGGGGCCUAAAGGCUCUAGUUCCAGAGCUGAAAGGAGCCCUGCCUCCUUGACUGUGAGUGUAAGGGUUGUCUCUCAUCCAGCUUCUGUUUCCUGCAGAGCCGAAGCCCUACAAAGCAUGUUCCUGUUGAUGAGCCCACGACAGCUCUUUGAGCACUACCGGGAUGACUAUGAGAUACACGACAUCAGCUGGAGUGAGGAGAAGGCAGCUGCUGUGCUGGAGGCCUGGCAGCGGGAGUUUGUUGAGGUGAGACGGACAGGUUGGUUUGUGGCAUCUGUGUGGGAACUCCAGGGCUGUUUGAUGCAGGUGUGUGCAAGGGUGAAGACACAAAUGCGUCUACAAAAGGCUGAAAAAGUGUGUGCGUGGAAGGGAAGAUGCUAGAAAGAUGACGGGCAAAACUGCAUGCAGGUCUGUCAGUGAGGAGCAGAAUAUUAUGUAGGGCUGCAUGCAAAUAUGCACCUGCCAGUGUAAAAAGGUUGGGUGCCACCAUGAAUGCUUACGAGCAUGUAGAAUGGCAUGAAAAGCAAUUUAUAGGGUGAAAGCAUAGCCAGUUGUUCUUGAAUUGAGUGUAUGGACCCUGUACAGUUUUCUGUCUUGCUUGGUAUUACUACAUGACAUGUAUAGCAGCAUAUAGGCUCCUUCAUGCCUAUGAGCCUUCAUGCCUAUGCCUGGCAUGUAGAUGGAUCCUGUGGAUGCAUUUAUGUAUGUGAGAAGGAUCCCAGCCACUGAGAUGACUCUUCUCCUCCCAGUAUCUCAUGAGUCUUGCUUCUUUGCAGUUGGCCCAGGAAUCCCUCCCUGCGAAUUCCUCCCAGACUAUCCAUGCCUUCUCCACCACCACGCUCGAUGACAUCAUGAAAUCCUUCUCAGAUGUGAGCGCCAUCCGUGUGGCUGGCGGGUACCUGCUGAUGGUGUGUAGCAGCUUCUUCCCUCUCCUCCCUCCCUCCUAUUCCUUUAUCAUCCAUUGUGUACUAAAGCAUAGCUUUUCCAUCCUUGCCUUUCUUCUCAUUAAUUGCCAUCUCAUUCUCCUCCACUUGCAGCUGGCGUAUGCCUGUGUCACCAUGCUGCGUUGGGACUGUUCCAAAUCACAGGGUGCUGUGGGCCUGGCUGGGGUUCUUCUGGUUGCCCUUUCCGUGGCAGCAGGACUUGGACUGUGUUCUCUGCUAGGAAUCUCAUUCAAUGCAGCCACGACCCAGGUAGGCCACAUUUUGGAGAGGUCUGCCUUCCCUAAUGCCCACCCUUUGUUCUCCGUCAAUUUCCCCUCCUCUUUGCUCAGCAAGCAGGAGAACUGUCUACUCCAUCAAUUUCUCAGGUUAUGCAAUGCUGAGGUUAUGUUCUGCCUCUCUAUCCCUGCUUGGCAUUAGAAGAUGCUGUGUUGUAGAGAGCACUUGACCUUCAGGUGCAUGGCUGUUCCUGAGUUUCCAAUGACCAUCGUGCUGCCUUCAGCAAUCAGAUCACUCUAGCUGCCUACAUGCUGUUUCUUGUUCAGAAGUUCCAGAGGAAUAUACGAUACUGCAUAUUCCCUAGCAGCUGAGUUUUUUAAAAAGAACAACUGUCCAUUUGUACUGAGGCAGGUACAGUCUAGGAGUAUGCCACAAAGAGAGCCUCAGCUAAGGUGCCUGCAAGGCAAGGAAGGAGCCUAAUAAACCAGGUGCAGGUGACUCAAAUAUGUGUUAGCAGAAAGCAAAAGCCCGCCAGAGUCACCAACCAACCUGACUUUGGUUAACAUGAGAAUCAUUUAGAGCCUGAGUAUAACAGCAAAAGGAAGAAUUUGUGGUGCCUUCCAGUCACAUUUUGCAGCCUGAGACCUGUUUCUACUUUUGUGGGAUUUGAGCAAGUCCUGGAUGUGCUCCUCUAAUUGGGAUUCCUCCCAUUGUGCUUUCCUCCAUAUCUGUAUAGGUGCUGCCCUUUCUGGCACUGGGCAUUGGUGUGGAUGACAUGUUUUUGCUGGCACAUGCCUUCACAGAGACCAGCCAGCACGUCCCUGUCAAGGUAAGAAGGUUCCCUGUUUUUGCACAAGCUUUUGAGUCCCUAUGCAUUGCCAGUGCACGCUCAACCCGUCCUCAACUCUAUUCUCACGGUUCCUCAUUUGCACCUUUUCAAUGCAGGAGCGGACUGGGGAAUGCCUGCGCCGCAGUGGCACCAGUGUGGCACUCACCUCUGUCAAUAAUAUGAUUGCUUUCUUCAUGGCUGCUCUUGUGCCCAUCCCAGCACUGCGUGCCUUCUCUCUGCAGGUAAGCCCCUCUGCUAGGAGCUCCUCCGUGCAGGUUUGUCAGCAAACUGUGCUUAUGCACAUUUGCAUUUUCUUUGAAUCUCACUGCAGGCAAGCCUUCACUUUCACUCUGGAGGUAGCUGUGCCCCCAGUUUCCAUGGCCUUGGCUGGAAAGCUGGGUGAUCCCUCCCCUUGAAGGAUAGAUGCCCCUCCUUAUACAGAGGGUGACUUGGCUCAGGAUCUUCAGCAUGUUUAAUUGUUCUCCCUCCUUCAUCUCCUUGCAGGCUGCUGUCGUGGUAGUGUUCAACUUUGCCAUGGUGCUUUUCAUUUUUCCUGCCAUCCUGAGUCUGGACCUUCACCGGCGUGAAAACAAGAGGCUUGAUAUUCUGUGUUGUUUCUACAGGUACUGUCUUAAGAGAGUUUGUUUGUUUGUUUGUUUGUUUGUUUGUCCGUAAAUAAAUAUGUGUAGCUGCUGGUGGUGGAGAGACAGUUGCCCCCCCCCCCCCAAAGAGUCCCUUCUCCUUUGGGGCAGUACUGCGCUCUCCCUGGCUAGGCUGGGCUCCAUCAGAUCUCCCAGGAGAGGAGACGCAUGCUGCAAUUGGGGGCAGUGGUUUGGAAAAGUCAUUAAGCCCAAGAAGAGAGGAUCAAAUGCAGCUGUAAGGAAAACAGCAAGAGAACAAAGCCAGCUGCACAGAUGGUAGUGCUCUCAACAACAUUUUGAAAAACACAUUCCUUUAUUAUGGUAAAAGUUUGUCUAUAAGAACAAGUCAAAAUGCACAUCAAACUGCACAUAAAAUCAGCAUACUCUGAAAAGCCCCUUUAAAGACAUUGUGAAGGGUAUCUCUAUCUGCUCACCAAGAGAAAUGGAACUUUUUGUGAUAGUUAUAUCCAGAUGCUGGGUGUGAGUUAGGAUGCCUGGCUGGCUAGGGGACUGUGUGUUGCCCAGCAGUUUCUCAGUGUCUUCUUCUCCCCACAGCCUCUGCUCCUCCCACGUCAUCCAGAUUCAGCCACAGGAAUACACGGAUGCAAAUGACCCCAUGGCACCUGCUUUCCCGCAUGGACAUCCAGCACUGACCACAAGCACACGCAUCACCACUACGGUUCAGGCCUUCACUCAGUGCGAUCCCUCCGGGCGUCAUGUGGUCACCAUCUUACCACCCACCCAGCAUGUCUAUACCACCCCUUCCACUCUCCUGCCUGCCAACCCUUUGGGGUCGCAAGUCUUCACCCCUGCCAGCUCCACCCGUGAUCUUCUGGCACAGCUGGAUGAGAACAAAAGUGCCCAGGAGUGUGUGCCGUUGCCCCUUUGUCACUGGAACCUCUCCAGCUUUGCUCGCGACAAAUAUGCACCUAUCCUGCUGCAGAGCCAGACCAAGGUAGGCAGCUGAGAAUCACUUUCUUUGUGGGUGGCAUUGUGCCCUAUGUUGAAAGAAGGGGGGGGGAGUACAGCAUCCUGGGUAGCAAGUCUGUGAUGCCAGCACUACAGCCAAUGGAGAACUAAAGCUCCCUGUUCUUCUCGGAGAUGAGAGAACCAAUCUGAAAUGUAGUCAUUGUGCAUGUCAUCCUAUAUGAGGACAUGUUGCUGCUCUCCCCGUGCCCCGCCUAUCAGGGGCAAAGAUUGCAUGUCCCGUGUAGUCAUUCAAAGACAAGAGCUGUACAUCUUUCCUAGUCUAUUUUUACACAUCCAGGAAGUUAGGUAUGAAGGCUCUGCAUCGUCCUUGGGUAAUUCCAGAUGAAGUGGCUGUGUCAGUCACAGAUAAUCUAGAUGAUCUUAGAUAUUGUGUGUGUGUUUACCUUUAGAGAGAGAGAGGGCCAGGUACAGAGUCAAAAGAACUAUGUUCUCAAGGUUAAUAUAUGUGUGUGUUAUGUGUCCCCUUGCAUGGAAAACUCCCUACCUGUCAUUAUUGAUUCUCUUGCCUUACAAGUAUGCUCCAUACUCCCACAAUAUGGCACAUGUUGAUAUAAACUCCAUUAGGGGCAAUUCAUACCCUACACAUACUGUAGGGACUAGGAAGUGGGGCUGGGUGGUUGCAGUUCCAGCCCCCAAGCAGUUGUUUGCUUUUCAUAAACAUCUGGCUGUCCACUGUGUCCACUGUCCACAGAUUUUCUUCCAUUCUCCCUAUGUUUGUUAAGUCAAGUCUCUUGACAGCAACAGAGGAAAAGUUAGCUUCUGCAGAAGAGAUUGGGGUCUGUGUGCAUCCGUCUUCACUCUUUCCUUUCUGCAUUUCCAGGGAAUUGUUGUAGUCCUGUUCCUGGCACUGCUGGGCCUGAGCCUCUACGGUACAACCAAGGUGCAUGAUGGACUCUACCUGACGGAUAUUUUACCACGAGGCACAAAGGAGCACGCCUUCAUUUCAGCUCAGUUCAAAUACUUCUCCUUUUAUAACAUGUUUGUGGUUACAAAGGGUGGCUUUGACUACCCCAGCUCACAGGAGGCCCUCUACAACCUGCACCAGGCCUUCACCACCAUCCAGUAUGUUGUACGUGAUGAGAACCGCCAGUUGCCGAAGAUGUGGCUGCACUACCUCCAGGACUGGCUGCGAGGUGAGUCAAGGACACUUUGCCAACCCUCUCUCCUGUCCUGCACUGCCUCUGCCCCAAGAAGUGGGGUGGGAUGCCCUCCUCCAGCUCUCUGUGCAGGAUGCUUAAAGGCUAGAAGAUGCAUGGGAGUUUGGAUGAGGUGUUAGUGGGCAGCUGCUUCCAGGGAAGGAAAGCAUCAAUGUCUGUUUCACAACCAUGUUCAGCAUAAGUGCUAUAAAUAAUUUUUAGCUUCUAAGGAACCAGAAGCUCUUCAUCUUAUACACACAUCCAUUUAGGCAAACACUGUUUACAGCCUUCUCUGCAGUGGCUCCCCAUCUGUGGAAUGCUCUCCCCAGAGAAGUUCACCUGGCACCUUCAUUAUACACCUUUAGGCGCCAGGCAAAAACGUUGCUUUUUAACCAGGCCUUUGGUUGAUUUGAUUGAUAUCCUUUACCCUUUAAAAAUGUGUUGGGGUUAUAGGGUUGUUGUUUUUAUUUUGAUUAUGUAUUUUGUAGUUUUUAUAUUCUGAUUAUAUUCUGUGAACCACCCUGGAACCCGUGGGUAUGGGGCAGUAUAUAAAUUCUAUAUAAAUUCAAUAAAUAAAUAUAAAUGUUUGUGUACAUGCUCACUUGCACAGUUGUACAUGUGCCCUUCUGCCUUCUAGGAUUACCAGCUCUGUUCUUGUUCCUCUAAAGUAGGGACAGAAACAUGUGGCAGGGGCUGAGAGAUCUGAGUUAAACGGCAAAGGGGUGGAGGUCAUGAAAGAGGGGAAGGGAUUGGCAUAGCUAGUGAGAGGAGCUCUUGCUUCUGGGCCUUGGGUUCCACAGAUGGCACUCCCUUACCUGUCUACUCCCCUGUUGUGCAGGUCUACAGGUAGCCUUUGACCGGGACUGGGAAGCUGGGCAUAUCACCAAGGAGAAUUACCGCAAUGGAUCAGAAGAUGGUGCCCUGGCUUACAAGCUCCUCAUCCAGACAGGCAACAAGAAAGAACCCUUAAACCUCAAUCAAGUAAGUGGGGGAGCAAUCUAAAAGUUGGGAGUGGGCAGGCAAAGAGAACCCAGUGUGCCAUGAGAAUUAAGGGUGAGUCCUUGGUGUACCAGGAGGGAAGGAGGAGAUAGAUCCCCACUGCAAAAGAAUGGAGAGGAGAGAAAGCUUUCCCAUUGGCAUUUGGGGUCCCUUGGAGAUGGAGGAACACAUGAGAUCUACAUGGCUUUGGGAAUGGCCAGCUGGUGCCCAAGCAGGGGGCUCAGCCCUAUUUCCUGCCAAAUGAUAGCACCUGUCCAGUAGCACCCUGACCGCUGCUACUACUUACUAUUAGUUGCUAUACUUCUUAACCGCCCUGCAUCCCUUCCAUCUGCCUACAGCUGACAACUCGCCGCCUGGUGGAUGAGAAUGGGAUCAUUCCUCCUGACAUCUUCUACAUCUGUUUGACAGUGUGGGUGAGCAACGACCCUCUUGGCUUUGCUGCAUCUCAAGCCAACUUUUACCCACCACCCCCGGAAUGGAUCCAUGACAAAUACGAUGCCACUGGCGAGAACCUUCGAAGUGAGUUCAGGCAGCAGCCUCAUUCUUGUUCCACUUUCCAUCAUGCAUUACUGUUUCAGCUCAGUCCUAUCCCCACUUCUAUGGCAAUUCCACAGUGGAAAUCCUUACGAUGUAUGUUUCCCACAUUUGCAAGCCAUGCCUGGCACAUGGGCAAAGGAAGCAAUUCAUUUUUGGCCCUAGAGAUGGGAGUAGGGGGCAGAAGGCCACUAUAUCUGAUGGGCUGCCUCUCUUUCUGACAGUCCCUGCUGCACAGCCCCUGGAGUUUGCUCAGUUCCCCUUCUACCUCAAUGGACUGCGGCAGACAUCAGACUUCGUGGCAGCCAUCGAGAGUGUGCGUGCUAUCUGUGACGAGGUGGCCCAGACGCAUGGUGUCCUCAGCUACCCUAGCGGCUACCCUUUCCUCUUCUGGGAGCAGUACAUUGGCCUUCGACACUGGCUUCUACAGGCCAUCAGUAUUGUGUUGGCCUGCACUUUUCUAGUGUGCACCCUGCUACUCCUCAAUCCUUGGACUGCCAGUAUCAUUGUGAGUAUCCUUCUUCAUGAGCAACAGGGUGUCUAGCAGUAAGGGAGAUGUUUUAGCUCCAGACGUUAUAUGUAGUAGCAAUAUGGCAUUGUGCAACAAGGGAAAUGGUCAUCAAACACGGUCACUGUUAGUUAAAUCAGUAUUUUUGGCUCUCAUGUUUAGGACAGGAAAUUUGGAAAUGGGAGUGGGGGAGAAUUAGUGCGAUGCUUCCUGUAAUCUCUGCACAGUUGCCUUUCCGUCUCCCUUGCCUUACAUAGUGUCCUAAAAAGUUUUCCUUCAAUACCAAAGACCAUUUUAAAUCAUUCAGGUUCUGCCCAAACUCAAAACUGUGCAGCUGUACUGUAAUACAUUUAAAAAAAAACUUGCUGCAGUAGUUUGCAGAAUUUAUUCUGACUGCAGAAAUUGAGUGUUUUGUUGCAAGUCUGGAAUGUUUUUGUACCUUCUCAUAUUCUUUUUAAAAAAAACAUGAACAUGCGCAUAUUUUCCCAUAAACGUAUUAAGGUUUGGCACACAACAGACACCAUGUAUGUAUUGUACAGGUGUACGCACCAAGGAGCUGGGAAUGAGACCAAUUCCCACUGUAUGCAGAUGCAAUAGUAAACACACAUCUGCUACCAGAUAGAGUGUAAAGUAGAGCUUUACCUUUGCAGCAAAAAGUAAAUAUCUUUUUCUCUCCUCAAGCUUCUUUCCACAGUGCUGAAAGAGUUAAGCCUGCACACUAACAUGCAGGUGCUCUAUUAUAUUUGCAUCCUUAGCCACCUUUAGGGGUAGUGUGUGCACAGUCCCAUACCCCUACUGUUUACCAUACAAAAGCGUAUAAUGCAGCUCAAAUAAACAAACAAACAAACAAAUAAAUAAAUAAAUAUUUAUUAAUUAACAAUCAAGGUAUCAAACAGGCAUGGUAGUAGUGGUUGGGUGAUUACUGUUAACUAAUAACCCGGUAUUCAUGUGCCACAAUGAGAUGUAUGCAUUUUCUGAAUUAGUUCUGAAUUCAGAAAUUACAUACAUAUGAGCAUAUGGAUUUGUAGGUACCUAUUCUUAAUCUACCUGUUAACCUCUACAUUGGGCUUUUUUCAUUGCUGUAAUUGACAUGUCCAUAACCAUAGCUUGCAGGUAAGAUACUGAGCUGUCCCUUCUCUCUGACGUAGGUAUUCGUUCUAGCUAUGAUGACAGUCGAGCUCUUUGGGAUCAUGGGCCUGAUGGGCAUCAAGCUGAGUGCCAUCCCAGUAGUCAUCCUCAUCGCCUCUGUGGGAAUUGGUGUGGAAUUCACCGUACAUGUGGCUCUGGUAAGAAGCAAUUGUGUGAGCACAGCCCAUUCUGCUACCAUGUCUAGAGCAUGUGAUUCAGUGAGACUUCCUCUUUUUGAAGCUCUGUGGGUCCAUACUGAAAGGAAUAGGGUUCCCUGAACACCCUUGCAGAGUUUUCAAGAGCUCUUUUUCACACCAGAGAACUUGGUGUGUGAUAUUACAACGAUAUACAUUCAAAUAGCUCUAGUGGCACCCAACCAGAACAUUUAGAUUAUUAGGUUUUUAUCUGUUGUAUCAAACCUGAUCAGUAGUGCAGUCUAUAAGGGAGAAUCAAUAAAUUGUGGGUUCAUUACCCCCUUAAUAUCCCUUAAUAUCACCCUGUUGCAGUCUGGGUGGUCAGAGCAGAAUUUAAUCCAUAAUUGUGGGUGCAGCACCCAAGGGUUGGCAGUUCUUUUAAUUAGUGCUGAAUAUAAUGAAAUAGCUGUGUAUGGUAUGAAAAGCAGAGUCCAAGCUGUCAUUUCAAGAUGAGCCUGUUCCAGCUCUGGCAAUACCAGCCGACUCAGUGCGCAAGAACAGAUUUGGGCUUAGCUUUUUGUUCUUUUUCCCAGUCUGCUUGGACAAGUCACUCUCUUUAGUCGCAUUCUGACUGUUCGUCUUUUCUCAGGGCUUUCUCACGGCCAUUGGCAACCGGAACCUGCGCACUACUGUGGCCCUAGAGCACAUGUUUGCCCCUGUGAUGGAUGGUGCUGUCUCCACGUUGCUUGGCGUCCUUAUGCUAGCUGGUUCAGAGUUCGAUUUCAUUCUGAGGUAAUUGUCAUGUGUCUCUCUUCUCCCCUGGUAUACCUAUUCUGGUGGUGCUCUGGACCAAUGUGCUGGGGGCCAUUUCCAGAGGUAUCAGUAAAAGGAAUGGCUAGAGAAUGGGAAAUUGUCUUUCUUGACAUCUGUUGGGAAUUUGGGUAACACCACAUGGGGCAAUAGGUCUGAAGGUCUCACUGAUCAAGAAUGGAUAUAAAGGCAGAAUCUAAUAGGGUUCAAGCAGCCCUGGAGGGGCACUGGUACAUUCUGCCAAAUUUGGAGAAAUCUCCCUGUUCAAGACCACAACUUACAAUGGGUUGAGGGGAAGACAUUCUACAAGAAAUUUAUUCCUUCUCUGACACUUUGCCAUAUGGCAGCUAAGACUUGUGAGCUCUGCAAGUGUGCUGGCUCAGAGAAAGGGACGCUCUUAUCUUCUAUAGGGAGCAACCUUGAGCUGAGACUGAGGGAUAGCACUUGUCAGUGCAUGCGUGUAACAGUAAUGAGUGUGCAAGAGAAUGUAAAUGAAUGUGUGCUGGUGAACUAACUCUGUACUUGGCUGCCCUGAUAAGAGGCUGAGAUGCUUUACUGCCACCUGGGUAAAUAAGUAACCCUCCCUCUUCACAAAGGCCGCAGAACUGUGCUGCAUCUCAGCUUCCUGGGAUGGGAAAGAAAAAUAUACAGAGCAGUAACUGAUUUUCAUCCUAAAGUUCUAUUGUACGCAGAUGAUUUGCACAAAUGACAAAUCUGACCAUUACUGACCACCUUGACCUCCCCCCAAAGGUAUUUCUUUGCUGUGCUCACCAUCCUGACCAUUCUGGGACUGCUCAAUGGCUUGGUGCUGCUGCCUGUCCUGCUGUCUAUCAUUGGACCACCUGCAGAGGUAAGAAAACUUCUGUUUCCCAUCAGGUUGCUGUAGUGGAGAACCAUAGAGAAAAGCAGAAGGGGUCCUAUAUCUCACUGUCAAAACCCACUGCCAGAUUGAGGUGAAGUGCUUGAACAGUCACACAAGUCGUAAUAGAACAUAGGUCUUGGCUUCACCUGCUAUCAAUAGAUUUCAGGAUUCACUACAAUGAAUGGAAAGCCUGUGCCUCUCAGGGAUCAUGCACAAAGACCCUUUAUUUGACACCCUGUUUUCUCAGUGUGCUUUCUGCUUUUUUCAUCUAGGUCACACCAGCAGAUAACGGUAGCCGCCUGCCGACACCGUCCCCCGUCCCCCCACCCAUCAGCCACCACAGCUUCUACGUACAGCGGCACGGUGGAGCCUUUGGUGACUCCUCAGACUCCGAGUACUAUUCAGAGAGCACAGGAGCAUCAGACACGGGUGAAGAUGACCGCAGCACCUACAUCAUCCCCCCAGCGCAAUCACAUAUCUUGGUCAAGGCCAGCAAAAGCCCCAGCUUCCCCAAGAUCACUGUAAGUGCCCAUCAAGAGCCGGGGAAGCCAGAACUCUGGUUUCUCUGGAUGGAGAGAGUGGUCUCAGCAUUCAAAGGCAGCUGGAUUCUAGUUCAAGUGUAAAGAUAGUGUCCCCAAAUGAGUUGGGAGGCAAGGCAAGAAGAGAACCAGGAAUGUUUGUUUCUGUUCUUAUGCUAGUAUGUCAAUAGGCACUGGACUGGGGUGGGCAGGUCUCUGUGAGACAAAAUUCCUAGGAUCUCUGGGAAAGACAGACCAUAGCACCUUGGAGCAUAUCUUUGGGGUGCAAUGUGGCUAUAGUAAUGUAUAAUGGGGUAAUAGGAGUCUAGCUUCUAUUCCCAGGUCCCAGGAGUUAAAACAGAUAGAGCAACCCCCUGUAAUGCAGGAAUCUCAGCUAAAGCAUCCGUGACAGAUGCAACGUGGUUGAAGUCUCCUCUUUAGUACCUUAGGGCAACAUAAUUCACUCUCUUUGUGCUUCAGAUUCUUCUUACUGAAUUUGCUGCUUUAUGGUUUGAAAGUUGCUGUCACAAGGACUCCAUGCCAACUGCACUUGUGUUGUUGCCUUCUUCCCUUCCAUAUCCAAUACACUAACAUCAACCUUUCCUUUCCUGGGCAGGUGGUGAAAAGCUACAAGACUAGCCUCGAAUCGCCUCUGUCGUUGUGCAGCCCAGACUGGACCCAAACUGUGACCCCUGGAGGACAUUUGCCACCCACUGUCACAGAAGUCAAAGACGCUUCACAGCAGCAAGAGCAGCCAAACCACAAACAAAGGCCUCGGCUGGCUCAGACUGCCCCCAACCCCCCUCGGACCGACCCUACUGCCCACAGUACCAAAGUGCCGCCUCCUGCAUCCGGUGGCACCUUCACCACAGUUACAGCCACUGCCUCAGUGAUGCUGGCCUUGCACCCACCCCUGCCUGGCUCAUGCCGGGGCUACACACACGAGGGCUUUGAAUCUGAUGGACCUGAGGAGCCUCGUAAAGACGCAUCCAACAGCUUGGAACUGCAGAGCCUAGACCAGAGGCACUAG